AUGCUGGGCGGACCGUGUGUUACCUCUGAGCAGGAGAUGAAGACGAGCUACAGCCUGGAGGAGAAACACACACAGAGCGCCUUGGUCAGGGGGAGAGGGGGAGCACCGGUAAGGAGAAAAGAGGAGCAAAGAGAGGAGGGGAACAAAGAGACUUUGACAAGAGAAGAGGAUGAGGCGAGACUUAGGAAGUAAGUAGAGACAGAGGAGCAAAGCGUGGAAAGGAGGGAAGACUGGUAAAGAGUAGUUUCAGAGAAGAGAAGAUUGAGCAGCAACGCAAAUGAGAAGACUGAGGGGAGGCCCUCUUUAGAGAAGAGAAACAAACAAGAGGAUUUGGGAAGAGAGGCCAGGAAAGGGUGAGAGGGAGAGGAGGGCUGCAUGAGGCUUCUCCACAGCUGGCUGUGUGUGUUGAUGAAAGGUGAGUUUGUUCAUGCCUGUCAGCCAACCAUGUGGGUAAUCACGGCUGAGGAGCCUGCAGGUGUAUGUAGGGAGGGGGCACAGACGCUCAGAGGGGUGACAGUGGGUGGAGGUGAAAACAUUUUCGGGUGGGAGCUGGAGUUUGAUAGUAGGGGAAUGUCAUAAAAAGAAAAACAUUCCGUCAGAUCCAAGAAGCACGUUUCGUUUGCCUUGUCUCUUACAAGUGGUGGUGCGUUAGGUUAGGUUGAGUGUUUCCCUUAAAGAGGUUUCGUAGACAUACUUUGUUUUCUUGACCAGUCUACCUUGGUUUUCAUUUAUUCAGCCCAUCAGUUGUUUUAUUGCCGUACUUUGUCGAACAAAUGUUUUUCUUUCAUGUUUUUAAUGGAAGCGUUUUUUUUUGUUAAGCUCAGUCGUCUAAUAACCGCUGCAGUGAUCAUUCUAUUUUACGGCACCGUUAAGCUACACAAGCUGGAUUUUGUUUCCUAUUAUACAGGCUAAAUGAGGAGGGCUUUGUGUGAAUGGUAAUGAAGAUGAUUAUUUCCUGUCUCUGUCUUUGUCCCUAGGACAUGGCCUGUUAUUGGUUGUGCACCAGAUUUAUCCUGUAGGAUGUCACCGAUUCCUUCCUUAUCCCCCUUCAGAGGUUAUCCUUCAUAAAAGGACAAUACUUCUAAAAGCGUUUAUCUGUGUUUGCUAUUUCUGUAAAACAAUAAUGCUAUAAUUCAUGAAUUAACCUGUCAACAAGGCUUUUGAAUAAUAGAGUAUAGAUACAUCGGACAGCAAACACAUUUCUGAAAUACCACAAAUAUUGGCAUUAUUGUGUAUUUUAAUAUCCAAAUAUACACUGAGUGUAAAAAACAUUAGGACCAGCUUCCUAAUAUUUAGUUGCAACCUCUUUUACCCUCAGAACAGCCUCAAUUUGUCGCGGCAUGGACUCUACAAGGUGUCGAAAGCGUUCCACAGGGAUGUGGGCCCAUGUUGACUCAAUGCUUCCCACAGUUGUGUCAAGUUGGCUGGAUGUCUUGGGUGGUGGACCAUUCUUGAUACACAUGGGAAACAGUUCUUGACACACUCAAACCAGUGCGCCUGGCACCUAUUACCAUACCCCGUUCAAAGGCACUUCAAUCUUUUGUCUUGCCCAUUCACCCUCUGAAUGGCAUACAUAAACAAUCCAUGUCUCUAUUGUCUCAAGGCUUAAACAUCUUUCUUUAACCUGUCUCCUCCCCUUCAUCUAGACUGAUUUGAAGUGGAUUUAACAAGUGACCUCAAUAAUAAUAAUAAUAAUAUAAUAUGCCAUUUAGCAGACGCUUUUAUCCAAAGCGACUUAGUCAUGCGUGCAUAGCAUUCACCUAGAUUCACCUGGUCAUUUUGUCAUGGAAAGAGCAUGUUUUGUACACUCAGUGUACAUGUAACUGCCAAAAUAAAGGAAAUAUUUGAGUAAAUGAGGGAUACAAAGUAUAUUGAAAGCAGGUGCUUCCACACAGGUGUGGAUCCUGAGUUAAUUAAGCAAUUAACAUCCCAUCAUGCUUGGGUUCAUGUAUAAAAAUGCCCAGUUGCCCAUUAUUUUGGCUACCAUGGCUAGAAGAAGAGAUCUCAGUGACUUUGAAAGAGGGGUCUCAAAUGAGCAUAGGGGGUUUAAAGGGUGGGUGGGUGUGUGGGUGUGUGUCUCAGUCCCCAGAUCUCAACCCAACUGAACACUCAUGGGAGAUUCUGGAGCGGCGCCUGAGACAGCAUUUUCCACCACCAUCAACAAAUUACACCAUAUUAUGGAAUUUCUCGUGGAAGAAUGGUGUCGCAUCCCUCCAAUAAAGUUCCAGACACUUGUAGAAUCUAUGCCAAGGCACAUUGAAGCUGUUCUGGUGGCUCGUGGUGGCCUAACGCCCUAUUAAGACACUUUAUGUUGGUGUUUCCUUUAUUUUGGUUGUUACCUGUAUAUGCUACACUAUAUAUACAAAAGUAUGUGGACACCCCUUCAAAUUAGUGGUUUUGACUACUUCAGCCACACCGUUGCUGACAGGUGUAUAAAAUCGAGCACACAGCCAUGCAAUCGCCAUAGACAAACAUUGGCAGUAGAAUGGCCUUACUGAAGAGCUCAGUGACUUUCAAUGAGGCACCGUCGUAGGUGCCACCUUUCCAACAAGUCAGUUCGUCAAAUUUCUGCCCUGCUAGAGCUGCCUCAGUCAACUGUAAGUGCUGUUAUUGUGAAGCAGAAAUGUCUAGGAGCAACAACGGCUCAGCCGCGAAGUGGUAGGCCACACAAGCUCACAGAGCGGGACCGCCAAGUGCUGAAGCGUGUAGUGUGUAAAAAUCGUCUGUCCUCGUUUUGGAACACUCACUACCGAGUUCCAAACUGCCUCUGGAAGCAACGUCACCACAAUAACUUUUCGUUGGGACCAUCAUGAAAUGGGUUUCCGUGGCCGCACACAAGCCUAAGAUCACCAUGCGCAAUGCCAAGCGUCGGCUGGAGUGGUGUAAAGCUCGCCGCCAUUGGUCUCGGGAGCAGUGGAAACGCGUUCUCUGGAGUGAGGAAUCACGCUUCACCAUCUGGCAGUCUGACAAAUCUGGGUUUGGCGGAUACCAGGAGAACGCUACCUGCCCGAAUGCAUGGUGCCAACUGUAAAGUUUGGUGGAGGAGGAAUAAUGGUCUGGGGCUGUUUUUCAUGGUUCGGGGUAGGUCCCAUAGUUCCAGUGAAGGGAAAUCUUAACGCUACAGCAUAAAAUUACAUUCUAGACGAUUCUGUGCUUCCAACUUUGUGGCAACAGUUUUGAGAAGGCCCUUUCCUGUUUCAGCAUGACAAUGCCCCCGUGCACGAAGGUCCAUACAGAAAUGUUUUGUUGAGAUCGGUGUGGAAGAACUUGACUGGCCUGCACAGAGCCCUGACCUCAACCCCAUCGAACACCUUUGGGAUGAAUUGGAACGCCGACUGCGAGCCAGGCCUAAUCGCCCAACAUCGUGCCGACCUCAAUAAUGCUCUUGUGGCUGAAUGGUCCAACAUCUAGUGGAAAGCUUUCCCAGAAGAGUGGAGGCUAUUAUAGCAGCAAAGUGGGGACAAACUCCAUAUUAAUGCCCAUGAUUUUGGAAUGAGAUAUUAGACGAGCAAGUGUCCACAUACUUUUGGUCAUGUAGUGUAUAUAAAAGUGCUCCCAACGCUUUUUCCAUUAUGGUUGCACCACAAGGUCAAGGUGACUGUGUACCCAUCUUAUUCACUGGUAUGUAUUUCUCAGGCACCACUUUGGUUUAUAGAGUACCACAGUAUGAGUCAAAAUACACAAAACCUAGCGGUCAAACAUGGAAAUGGUUCAAUCAUUUUUCAACCAUUCAUUUUUCCCAUUUUUAUUUUUAAACACUUAAAAUAAGGGCUGCGUUUCGUGUAGGCUUACCCUGGCGUGACGUUUUGAUAACCGUGUAAAUCUCUCUAGGACAAGGUGACUUUUAUCAAUAUAUUUGCCUGUUUUUACCCCCCCCCAAAAAAAUAUAAAUCUAAUUAGCUGCUAAUGUGGCUAUCAUAAAAAACUACAAAUGUCAUGAUGAUGUGGACGAUGCUGUCAAAUCGAGGCAAAGGUAAGAAUCUCUGGAUUAACUAUCUAAUGUUAGUUAAAUGUAGUAAUGAAUAAAUUGGCUACAUUUAUUUAAAUGGACAACUCUGUGAACUGUCUUGUGCAAGUUUUAAAAUGAUAUAAUACAUGUUAGCAAAUGUGUCAGCUAGAGAUGACGUGCAGGAGCUUGCAGGGAUUUGUAGUUUUGCAUGACGUUUACUUUAAUGCUAAUUAGCAUUUUCGAAUCUGAGAGUAAAAAGAGCUGAAUAUAUUAAUAAUAGUCACCUUGUCCGAGAGAGAUUUACAUGGUUUUACCGCUGGGUUUUAUGGGUAUUAUGACUCCUCCAUUGUGGGGCUCUAUUUGAGUAGCCAUAUUUGAGUAGCCAUGUUAGCAUUUUCAUAAGCUAAUGGGUCUGUUAGUGUGUAUCAGCAUGGAGCUAGCUCUCCCUGGGCUCCAUGUUACACUUUCAAAUCUCAUUUAGGGAUUCACUCUACAGCCAUUCCUGGUGUUUAUGCUGUCACCUGUGGUGCAAACAUAAAGUUUCUCUAUACAUUAUUUUUCUAUGUGAGAUGUCAUGCCAUCCCACUCCCAACACGGCAAAUGUAGCCUAGCUGUCAUGGUAAGCAACAAUUUAUUGAAAAUGUAUGUUCGUAUACAAAGCAUUCCUAGGGAUACAGUACAACAAUGUCGUUGUGAGAGUCCUGUGUGCCUAGAUGGGGGUGGGGGCAUUGAGGGUCGGAGGGGUGGCGUGUGUGGGUUUCUCCGGAAAUUCCAAUGCUUUUAAGGUAAUUAUAAUCCCGGAGAAAUGACAAGUGACGUAUGGGUAGAAUGCCGAAAGGAGGGAAGGCCACUUCCCAUGUGGCAUCCGGACAUUUCAUCAAAGUAAAUAUGAUGUUUGUGAAUAUAGGCUGUCAGAAUGUCAAACAGAUGCAUACCAUAAUGAGAAAUACCUCAGCAAAGCCAUUGGAUCCCAGGUAGGGUUUUGUAGAUUAGAUUUGUAUUUAGUCACAUGCACAGGGUUGCAGAUGUAUGUUAACCUACUAGACACCCCUCUGCAUUUAAAGUUAAGUUAAUUUGACUAAGGGCCCAUGCCUAUAAAGGCAGUUGUCAGGAGGCCAUAUACUGGGGAAAAACAAAACAAUUCUUCCUGGAAUUUUGCAACCCUACACCACAGUUUACCUAAACUGAGUAUACCAAACAUUACAGUGCCUUCGGAAAGUAUUCAGACCCCUUGACUUUUUCCACAUUGUUAUGUUACAGCCUUAUUCUAAAAUGGAUUAAUAAAAAAAAUCCUCAGCAGUCUACACACAAUACCCUAUAAUGACAGUGAAAAUGUACCAUAAAAAUAAAAAACAGAAACCAGAAAAAAACAUACCUUAUUUACUUAAGUAUACAGACACUUUGCUAUGAGAUUCUAAAUUGAGCUCAGGUGCAUCCUGUUUCCAUUGAUCAUCCUUGAGAUGUUUCUACAACUUGGAGUCCACCUGUGGUAAAUUCAAUUGAUUGGACAUGAUUUGGAAAGGCGCGCACACACACCUGUCUAUAUGAAGGUCUCACAGUUGACUGUGCAUGUCAGAGUAAAAACCAAGCCAUGAGGUCGAAGGAAUUGUACGUAGAGCUCCGAGACAGGACUGUAUCGAGGCACAGAUCUGGGGAAGGGUACCAAAACAUUUCUGCAGCAUUGAAGGUCUUUAAGAACACAGUGGCCUCCAUCAUUCUUAAAUGGAAGAAGUUUGGAAUCACCAAGACUCUUCCUAGAGCUGGCCACCCGGCCAAACUGAGCAAUCUGGGGAGAAGGGCCUUGGUCAGGAGGUGACCAAGAACCCGAUGGUCACUCUGACAGAGCUCUAGAGUUCCUCUGUGGAGAUGGGAGAACCUUCCAGAAGGACAACCAUCUCUGCAGCACUCCACCAAUCAGGCCUUUAUAGUAGAGUGGCCAGACGGAAGCCACUCCUCAGUUAAAGGCACAUGACAGCUUGCUUGGAGUUUGCCAAAAGGCACCUAAAGACUCUCAGACCAUGAGAAACAAGAUUCUCUGGUCUGAUGAAACCAAGAUUGAACUCUUUUGCCUGAAUGCCAAGCGUCACGUCUGGAGCAAACCUGGCACCAUCCCUAAGGUGAAGCAUGGUGGUGGCAGAAUCAUGCUGUGCGGAUGUUUUUCAGCGGCAGGGACUGGGAGACUAGCCAGGAUCGGGGGAAAGGUGAACGGAGCAAAGUACAGAGAUCCUUGAUGAAAACCUGCUCCAGAGCGCUCAGGACCUCAGACUGGGGUGAAGGUUCACCUUCCAACAGGACAGCAACCUUAAGCACACAGCCAAGACAACACAGGAGUGGCUUCGGGACAGGUCUCUGAAUGUGCUUGAGUGGCCCAGCUAGAGCCCGGACUUGAACCCGAUCGAACAUCUCUGGAGAGACCUGAAAAUAGCUGUGCAGCAUCGCUCCCUAUCCCACCUGACAGAGCUUGAGAGGAUCUGCAGAGAAGAAUGGGAGAAACUCCCCAAAUACAGCUGUGCCAAGCUUGUAGCGUCAUACCAAAGAAGACUUGGGGCUGUAAUCGCUGCCAAAGGUGCUUCAACAAAGUACUAAGUAAAGGGUCUGAAUACUUAUGUAAAUGUGAUAUUUCCGUUUUUUAUUUUUAAUAAAUGUGCAAAUAUUUCUAAAAACCUGUUUUUGCUUUGUCAUUAUGGGGUAUUGUGUGUAGAUUGAUGUGGGGAAAAAAUGUGGAAAAAGUCAAGGGGUCUGAAUACUUUUCGAAUGUACCGUAUAGGAACACCGUCCUAAUAUGGAGUUGCACCCUUCCCUUUUGCCCUCAGAACAGCCUCAGUUUGUUGGGGCAUGGACUCUACAAGGUGUUGAAAAUGUUCCACAGGGAUGCUGGCCCAUGUUGACUCCAAUGCUUCCCACAGUUGUCAAGUUGGCUGGAUGUCCUUUGGGUGGUGGACCAUUCUUGAUACACACGGGAAACUGUUGAGUGUGAAAAACCCAGCAGCGUUGCAGUUCUUGACACAAACAGGUGCGCCUGGCACCUACUACCAUACUCCGUUCAAAGACACUUAAAUCUUGUCUUGCCCAUUGACCCUCUGAAUGUCUCAAGGCUUAAAAUCAUUAUUUAACCUCCUCCCCUUCAUCUACACUGAUUUGAAGUGGAUUUAACAAAUGACAUCAAUAAGGGAUCAUAGCUUUCACCGGGUCAGUCUGUAAUGUAUAAUGCACUAGGUGCUGUUGAAUGAAUUGUUCUAUCCCAAUUCAAUUGGGAGCAUAAGUGGGGGCAUAAAUGACUUUCGAACUGCAUGUUUGAAACCCCUGGUCCUAACUGUUAAGGCUGUGAUUGUCAAUGGGAAAACUGACCCUAUAUCUGAGUACAAUCAGGAGAGCAGUGAAUCUCAAUACAGAAAAGCUUCAGCAUUAGCAUUUUGCCAGCAGCCGGCAAGACCACGUUUUUCCACUUGCCCUGAAAAGAACUCUGCGGAAUGCUGCAGCUUUGGCAAAAGAAAAUGUAUAACACAAGGCCUGGCUCUAAUGUAUUAAAUUAGCCUUAGCAUUGAAGAGUUCCCGUGUGAUCCAUUUGUCUCGUUUUUCUGGCCAUAACACAAAUUAGAUCAAUUAAUCACGUCGACUUCCCUCCACAUGUGACGCACCAAACUAUCUUUGGUGCCAGGUGGCGAGGUGAGAGAGAUUGCUUCCAGCCUCUGUUGGAGCGUCUUUUUGCGCACCCUGAGAGGGCAAUUCAUUGUUCCGUUGGUUGACGGUUUUUCCUCUGGCCUGAGGAAGGGUAGCUAUGAGAUAAAUAGGCUGCAUAGCUAGGCUGGAUAAAGCUUGUACUGGCUUCAUUCUGCCUUAAUGAUGGCUAAUGUACAAUGUUGCCCUUAUUAGUACAUAUUUCUACUCUUGGUACAGUGUACACAGUACAAACAUCCUACUCACUACCAUAGUGUUUGACUUGUAUAGCUUGGGUUUACCUUGAGGUUUCAGUCAAAAGCCGUAGGCCCUAGAGUACAAAAUCCCCUGUACUGUAGGUCUUCUCAUUUUUACAAUGGUGACAGAGGCAACCAGACCUUUAUCUUCAGUUAAUAGCUCACAGACACAGAUUGGGGACAACCUUUAAGGUCAAUGAGUACGUAGCUUUCAGAUGACUCAAUUCAGAUACCUGAUAUAUAGCACAUAGUCUUGCAUUUAAUUGCUAGUUUAGGCUAGAUAUGACAUUUCCAUUGUCCAGUAUUGAUAAUGUAUCUCUACCAUGCAUCUUGCUGGGAAGUUCUAAUAGACUGAAAGGGUCAUGCUUUGAGUCAUGCUUUAGGCUAUUUAAAGGAUGGUGUGUAAGGUUGACAUGGACACGCCAAGUGGCACAGAUGGAGAUGUUAGAGGAUUGCCCUCCAUCUGAAAAGGACACCUCUGGAUUCCCGGGAGUGGCAUCUGUAGAACCCCCCUCCAUCCCUUCUCCGUCCCUCCCAUCCCCAUUCCCUCCCACCCACUCAAAAUAGAUAAUGGAAGUGCAUCAUGGGGCUCUAUUAUUUUUCCCAUGAGAGAACUUGCCCCUGGAAGCUGAAAUGGCUAGGAAAUGGCUAGGAGAAGAGAGAGAGAGAUGUAGAGACAAAGGCAAAGUCUUGUCAUGCUUUGUUGAUUUCAAAAAAGCUUUUGACUCAAUUUGGCAUGAGAGUCUGCUAUACAAAUUGACGGAAAGCGGUGUUGGGGGAAAAACAUACGACAUUAUAAAAUCCAUGUACACAAACAACAAGUGUGCGGAUAAAAUUGGCAAAAACACACAUUUCUCAAUAGUUUUCCCCCCUCAUCAAUCUACACACAAUAACCCAUAAUGACAAAGCAAAAAUAGGUUUUUUGACAUUUUUGCAAAUGUAUUACAAAUCUAAAAACGGAAAUAUUACAUUUACAUAAGUAGGGCUGUGGCGGAAACAAAAUUUCGUCAGCCGGUGAUUGUCAAGCAAAUAACUGUCGGUCUCACGGUAAUUUACCAUUAAUUAACAUAAACACAUUUAGCAUCUUCUGGCCUAUAAGCCACUGAUGCAGACGUUUUGGAACAUCUACAUAAAAAAAAAGUCUAAUAAAUCCAUGUAAUAUAGCUUACACCUUCACAAUAAAUCCAUUAUUUAUUUUAGACAGGUCUAAAGAAGCAUGAUAUGAAAAAAAUUUAGUCUAUUUCAGAAGAACAGAAUAGCAUACUCGGAGUUGUCCUUAUGUUAGGUCCUGAUCUGGCUAUGCCAAAUGGCUGUGGGCUACACUAGUUCAUUUAGCAGACAAGAUUUGCUUAGAAUUCCGUGGCAUUAUUUUAUAGGAUGAAGAAUACAAUUGAACAAAGUAAUAUAAAUAUAAAUAUUUUCUCCAAACGAUUUGAGGGAGUGCGCACAUGCGGCUAUUCUGUGUUGAGCGGUUAACAAAGAGAUAGGUACUCUUAUAUGCUUAAUUUGAGUUAUUAAUGUAACUUUAGUUGUUGUACAAACGUUGGGCUAUAUGUUUAGAUUUUUAAUACAUUGUAAGGCUGCAUGAUGCGACUCUAAUUAUGAUUUUAAAAAAGUUGCUUGAAAGACAUGAGCUCUGCUUUGUUUUUUGCGCAGGCUGUACACACUUCAUUAGUCUCUCAUUCACAAUUUGACAAGCACUUGAUAAUGCCUCGAAUUUCACGGCGGCAUCCCCUUUGUGGCCGUAAUGUACCCUAAUAAAAUCCAUGCCUUUUGUGGCCGUUGUGCCCUUCUCCCUGAGUGCUGCACACUCCUAAGCACCUCUCACUCACACGGCUCUCCAUCACGUGAUCGGGUCUUUCUCACAGGCUACAAGUGAAGUCCAACACAUCGGGGACGCAACUGCGCGCGUCCUUAUCCAAUUCCGAGGUGCAUAUUGUAGAUAUUGGAAGAACUGUCCACAUUUACUUUUCAUCAGCCAACAAGAUGAGUAGACCUAACGAACAGCAAAAGCACUAGCCUAUGUCAAUCUCCUAUCCCCCAUUGAACAAAAGUCGACCUAUUCUGUGCGAGAAAUAAAUAUUCCAAACAUAGUCUGGGACAGUUGUGGGAUGCAAUAGAUCCCAAAUGAAUACAACCACUAGCGUCAAAAAACAUUUUUUACGCAAUGUGGCUGACGCAACAGAUCAGAACAUUUAGCUUAAAUGUUUAUAAACUAUUAGGCUAUUUCUUCACAUUAUAAGCGCAGCAAUGCACACAUGGCAGUAGGCUAUAAGCGUGAAUGUUCCAUUAGCGGGAAAACACCAUUAUCAAAAGUGACCGCAAAUGCGAUUAUGCAUGUAAUGCCAAACUUGAAACUCACGCGCUGCUUAUGUAUGCCAGUUAGCCUCUAAACCCCUUGUAAAGCGGUUUAAUGUGCUUAAUUUUAAGAAGUUAUUUAGCUGCACAGCUAUUUCAGGUCUUCCAUUCCUGUGGCGGUCCUCAUGAGAGCCAGUUUCAUCAUAGCGCUAGAUGUUUUUUGCGACUGCACUUGAAGAAACUUUCAAAGUUCUUGACAUUUUCCAUAUGACCUUGAUGUCUUAAAGCAAUGAUGGACUGUUGUUUCUUUUUGCUUAUUUGAGCUGUUCUUGCCAUAAUAUGGACUUAGCCCUAUUUGGUAAAAGACCAUCUUCUGUGUACUCCCCCUACCUUGCCACAACACAACUGAUUGGGUCAAACACAUGAAGAAGGAAAGAUAUUCCACAAAUUAAAUUUUUAAGAAGGCACACCUGUUAAUUGAAAUGCUAUUCCAGGUGAUUACCUCCAUGAAGCUGGUUGAGAGAAUGCCAAGAGUGUGCAAAGCUGUCAUCAAGGCAAAGGGUGGCUAUUUGUUUAACACUUUUUUGGUUACUACAUGAUUCCAUAUGUGUUAUUUCAGAGUGUUGAUGUCUUCACUAUUAUUCUACAAUGUAAAACAUAGUAAAAAUAAAGAAAAUCCCUUGAAUGAGUAGGUGUGUCCAAACGUUUGACUGGUAGUGUACACUGUCAGCUUUGGGACCUUUAUAUAGAUAGGUGUGUGCCUUUCCAAAUCAUGUCCAAACAAUUGAAUUCACCACAGGUGGACUCCAAUCAAGUUGUAGAAACAUCUCAAGGAUGAUCAAUGGAAACGGAUGCACCUGAGCUCAAUUUCGAGUCUCAUAGCAAAGGGUCUGAAUACUUAUUUAAAUAAGGUAUUUCUGUUUUUUAUUUUGAAUAGAUUUGCCAAAUUUUCUAAAAACCUGUUUUCGCUUUGUCAUUAUGGGGUGUUGUGUGUAGAUUGAUGAGGGGAAAAAAAUAAUGUAAUACAUUUUACAAUAAGGCUGUAACAUAAAAUGUGGAAAAGUCAAGGGGUCUGAAUACUUUCCGAAUGCACUGUAUAUAUCAACGAAUUGGCUAGGGCACUAGAACAGUCUGCAGCACUCUGCCUCAUCCUACUAUAAUCUGAAGUCAAAUGUCUUCUGUUUGCUGAUGAUCUGGUGCUUCUGUCCCCAACCAAGCAGGGCCUACAGCAGCACCUAGAUCUUUUGCACAGAUUCUGUCAGAUCUCGGUCCUGACAGUAAAUCUCAGUAAGACAAAAAUAAUGGUGUCCCAAAAAAUGUCCAGUUGCCAGGACCACAUACAAAUUCCAUCUAGACACCGUUGCCUUAGGGCACACAAAAAACUAUACGGCACGUGAAAGCUACAAAGCUGUGAACGAUCUGAGAGAAGGCAAGAAGGGCCUUCUACGUCAUUCAAAAGGAACAUAACAUUUUACGUACCAAUUAGGAUCUGUCUAAAAAUACUUGAAUCAGUUAUAGAACCCAUUGCCCUUUAUGAUUGUGAGGUCUGGGGUACGCUCACCAACCAAAAAUUCACAAAAUGGGACAAACAUCAAAUUGAGACUCUGCAUGCAGAAUUCUGCAAAAAUAUCCUCUGUGUACAACAUAAAACACCAAAUAAUGCAUGCAGAGCAGAAUUAGGCCGAUACCCGCUAAUUAUCAAAAUCCAGAAAAGAGCCGUUAAAUUCUACAACCACCUAAAAGGAAGCAAUUCCCAAACCUUCAAUAACAGAGCCAUCAGCUACAGAGAGAUGAACCUGGAGAAGAGUCCCCUAAGCAAGCUGGUGCUGGGGCUCUGUUCACAAACACAGAGCCCCAGGACAGCAACACAAUUAGACCCAACCAAAUCAUGCUUCCCUCCGGCGCUCUGAUUCGCCGGUCUACUGAGCCACCGGUCUGAGCGCACCACCUCGGCAACACCGGAAAAGAAACCCAACACACCCUAAUCACCUCCAGCGCACCUGCACCUCAUCAUCUCAUCACCACCCCUAUAUAGCCCUGGACUGUUCAGUGUUGUGUUGUGUGUGAUUGUUAGUGUCUUGUCGUGUACUCGCUCCUUGUUGUUCUCUUGCUCAGUGUUAAGUAAACCUUUACAUUGUUGAUUUCUGCGUCCUGCCUCUUCGUAUCCUCAGUACUCGUCACAAGAAAAAAAGUGGCAGAAUACCUGACUACUGUGACUGAACAAAAUUAAGGAAAACUUUGACUAUGUACAGACUCAGUGAGCAUAGCCUUGCUAUUGAGAAAGGUCACCGUAGGCAGACCUGGCUCUCAAGAGAAGACAGGCUAUGUGCACACUACCCACAAAAUGAGGUGAAAACUGAGCUGCACCGGAAGAAAGCCCUAUUUGGUAAAAGAACAAGUCCAUAUUAUGGCAAGAACAGCUCAAAUAAGCAAAGAGAAACGACAGUCCAUCAUUAUUUUAAGACAUGAAGGUCAAUCAAUACAGAAACUUUAAAGAACUUUGAAUGUUUCUUCAAGUGCAGUUGCAAAAUCAAGAGUUUUCAAAUGCCCCUGGGCAUAUAUUUUGUGUGAGACUUUCUCCUCGAUAUGAGAAAGCAUGACUGCAGUUUUUUAGUUUAUUGUGUCAGUCUUAAUCUACGAUUUAAAAAGCUGGGUCAUAUUUUUCCAUGGAAAAUGUUGGCCUAAGUCGAUUUUUGGCAUUAGAAAUGCAUACAGCUUAAAGAAUGACUGUGAGCAGGCUAACUGAAUAGAGGAGUGUGUGUGUAUGAAAUGUGUGAGCCCUCAGACAGCUGAACGGGCUUGUGUGUGCGUUAACUACCCACAUGUACAUUUCACUGUCUACACCUGUUGUAUUCGGCGCAUGUGACAAAUAACAUUUGAUUUGAUUGACACCUCGGCCCACCCAAGUGAAAGACUGCAUGUUCCAAAUGCUAAAGUGUUAGCGCUCUCUCUGUUCUGUUUCAGGGCUUAAACCCUUCCCUGGAGAGUGUGGAGGUCGGGACUGUGUGUAUGAGAGCAAGGAGUGUGUGUUCUUUGUACUCUCUGUAUCUGUUGUAAUCUAGUACAGUUGAAGUCGGAAGUUUACAUACACUAAGGUUGGAGUCAUUAAAACUCAUUUUUCAACCACUCCACACAUUUCUUGUUAACAAACUAUCGUUUUGGCAAGUCGGUUCGGACAUCUACUUUGUGCAUGACACAAGUAAUUUUUCCAACAGUUGUUUACAGACAGAUUAUUUAACUUAUAAUUCACUGUAUCACAAUUCCAGUGGGUCAGAAGUUUACAUAAACUAAGUUGACUAAGUGACUUUAAACAGUUAGAAAAUUCCAGAAAAUGACGUCAUGGCUUUCAUGAGGAAGGAAAAUUAUGUGGAAGCAACAUCUCAAGACAUCAGUCAGGAAGUUAAAGCUUGGUCGCAAAUGGGUCUUCCAAAUGGACAAUGACCCCAAGCAUACUUCCUAAGUUGUGGCAAAAUGGCUUAAGGACAACCAAGUCAAGGUAUUGGAGUGGCCAUCACAAAGCCCUGACCUCAUUCCUAUAGAACAUUUGUGGGCAGAACUGAAAAGUCGUGUGCGAGCAAGGAGGCCUACAAACCUGACUCCGUUGCACCAGCUCUGUCAGGAGGAAUGGGCCAAAAUUCACCCAAUUUAUUGUGGGAAGCUUGUGGAAGGCUCCCAAAACGUUUGACCCAAGUUAAACAAUUUAAAGGCAAUGCUACCAAAAACUAAUUUGAGUGUAUGUAAACUUCUGACCCACUGGGAAUGUGAUGAAAGAAAUAAAAGCUGAAAGAAAUAAUUCUCUCUACUAUUAUUCUGACAUUUCACAUUCUUAAAAUAAAGUGGUGAUCCUAACUGACCUAAGACAGGGAAUUUUUACUGGGAUUAAAUGUCAGGAAUUGUGAAAAACUGAGUAUAAAUAUAUUUGGCUAAGGUGUAUGUAAACUUCCGACUUCAACUGUAUAUGUAUGUAUGCAUGUAUGUAUGUGUGUGUGUAUAUAUGGGUCCAUGCAUGAAUGUGUGUGUUUAUGGUUCUAACCCUCUCCCCAUUCUCUGUAGCUCCAGCUGACAGCCCUGGCCUCGUGUAAGGGGGACGUGGUGGAGCUGAACAAGCGGCUGGUGGAGACGGAGAGAGAAAGAGAGCUGCUGGAGAAGAGACUGGCCAAAGCACAGGUACUCUACCGGACCAUAGACGUACAUACAGUAUAUUCACAUAGAUUCAUAUUCUUCAUUUGUAUUGUAAACUCACCUUUUACCUUCACAUAAGCUUACCAUUCAAAGUCCCAUGCGAAGAACAUUGCUGUAAUGCUGUGGGUACCACCACCACCCAAUCUAAAGCCUUACAAAUUUUUAUAAUAUUUCUGUCCAUAAGCCAGCUGCAAUGGAUCUCUGAUCAUGACCCAUCAUUUGAGAAACACUGUGUAAAUGGUUCCUCUUUCCCCUUCCUCUUUUCUGCGCCUGUGGUUAAGACCUCUCUGGUAUGCAAAUGUUCCUUUUGUAGGAUUUUUAUAUUUGAAUAAUAACCUAAACUGCUCUGAUGGCUGUUAAAGAACUACAGUAAAAAGCUGGGAUGGAAUUGAACUGGCUUCACAUAAGUGAGAUUAUUUUGAUGUACGUUUUUUGAAGAAUAUCUGGGAAUAGCUGACACGGCACACAGGCACUGAAUUGUAUGGCUCACUUAUUGGAAUGUGUCCGGAAAUCUCCACUCCCCCCUCCUCCCCGAAAACUACCAGUCCAUAUGCUCCAAUCAGAGUAGUUACUCUUCUGAGAAGAGAUGCAGCAUGCUGAUGACAUCAUCACAGAGAUCAUCUUUUGGUCGUUACUAUCUAGCAUGCGCUCGAAAGGAACAGCUUUCUUUUCAGAAGUCGGGUAUCAACUUCCCAUAACAUUGCUCAUAGUAUCGUGUCAUUUACAUUGUUUCCAGUGUAAUGUUGUGACCUUGCGUGUUUAUUAGAGGAGGAGGAUUUCAUUCCGGCUCUCUGGAUCCCUGCUCCCAUACAGUGAUGAGAGAAUGGAAGCUUUGCUUUUUAAAUAAAGAGGAAAUUGAUUUGGGGAGGAUUUGGCAUGAAGAAAUACACCCCAUAUGUCACUGGAACCAGGAAGCCUCAGUAACCAUGCCAGCUGCUCAGCUUCGAUCUGCUUUGUAGUUUUCCCAUUCCCAGUGAUUGACACUGGCUCUCUCCUAGGAGGGAGUUUUUGUGUGUGUGUGUGUGUGUGUGUGUGUGUGUGUGUGUGUGGUGUGUGUGUGUGUGUGUGUGUGUGUGGUGUGUGUGGUGUGUGUGUGUGUGUGUGUGUGUGUGUGUGUGUGUGGUGUGUGUGUGUGUGUGUGUGUGUGUGUGUGUGUGUGUGUGUGUGUGUGUGUGUGUGUGUGUGUGUGUGUGUGUGUGUGUGUGUGUGUGUGUGUGUGUGUGUGUGUGUGUGUGUGUGUGUGUGUGUGUGUGUGUGUGUGUGUGUGUGUGUGUGUGUGUGCGUGUGCGCGAGAUAGGAGAUGAGAAUGCUUGCUAAUGGAGAGAAUGAAUGGGUGUGCUAACAUUUGUGUUUGUCUAAUGGAAUGAGUGUAAUAGCGAGACAGAUUGUGUGAAUACCUGUUCUAUAAAUGCCUCGGCCUGACUGGGGAAUUUUAUUCAGACAUGGCCUUCUGAAGCAUCUCCCUCAGGCUGUUAGACUCAGUCUGUCUCCUUGGGCCACCACUGUGUGGGUGCGCGUGUGUCUCCCUGGACCACUACAAACAGACACAGCACUGGGUCAAAGAGCUGUGGAAUACCUCUGCUGGCACCUACAUCGACUAUAGGUAUUUCCCUAGUGGCCAUGGUUGUAAACAAAAGGCAAUAUAGUACUGUAAUUUGUGUUAAAUAUUGAUGCUAGAAGCUAUUUGGUUUGUUGGUUUCCCACCUGUUCCGCUGGCGGUAGAUGAAGAGGGAUAGGUCAUGUGUUAAAGAAGAAGCUUGAACUGUACUUGCACUGGAUGCCAUUGUGUUUGGAGAGGAGUGAAUAGAAUGAAACCAGUCUGGCUGACAUUGGUAAUUGUAGAGAGACUACAAGACCACUGAUCGAUUAGACAGUGAUGUCAUCAUACCAAGAUUCUACAGAAAGCACUAGGCCUAUAUCAGCACUGGCAGACAAUUGAAACAUUUGUCUCCCCUUUGCACUUUCCAGUGUCUUUUCUAUGAUACAAACUAUCUACACAUCUCAUUCUGUUAGUGUCUGCAUAGAGAGUAAUGACUGGAAUCCUUAUAAGUCAGUUAGUAUCUACACAAGUCAAUGAGGUCUCCUAACUCAGACAAAGUACCGGCAGUUGCUAUGGAGCCUGUAUAUGAAGUAAAACCCGUUGUAUGAUGUCAUCAAAAUGUGCCCACUCUUGACAUUUGAACCCUCUCAGGUUUCAAUCAAAAAAGUUUAUGCAACAGAGUGUCAGCUGUCGCUUGUUGUCUCUGAUUGGGGACCAUACUUAGGCAGCCUUUUGGCACUAGUAAGUUGUGGGAUCUUGUUCCGUGUAAGGUAUGUUGUUUGGGUCUACCUUGGACUUCACGUUUCGUUUAGUUUGUUGUUUUGUCGUUGUGUUUAUUCGGUAUAAUAAACAUGUAUGCAUAUCACGCUGCGCCUUUGGUCUGACCCGUCUAUGAACGAACGUGACAGAAGAUCCCACCACACCUAAUGCCAAGCAGCGUGCCCACAAGGAGCAAACGCCGAGGAUUCAACGGGAGGUAACUUUAGUAGAUGUCCUCCUCGGUUGGGGGAUAAUUACUGAGGAGGAGGCCGUCCGUUAUCGGGAGGCGAUGAAGGUUGAUGCCCAGGUAGGAGAGGAGAAACGGCGCCAACCGUGCCGACGAAGGAGACCCGAGAGGCAACCCCAAGAAAAUUUUUUGGGGGGGGCACACGGGGUGGAUGACGAGGCAGCAGGAGGCCGUGGAAGGGCGAAACUGCAGGUUAGGAGAGGAGGCCACCAUGUUACGGGGGCUAUUGGUUCAGAGGGAGCAGGAGUUAUUCGGUCAGAGUGAGGCGCUACAGGAGGCUAAAAGGGAGAAGGAAAGUGUAGAGGCACGGCGAGAGGAGCUGGUUAGAUAGCAGAAGGAGCGGGGGUUAAUAAAGGAACCCAGUCCCGCUCCUCGCACCAAGCAAGUGGUGCGUGUCGCCAGUCCAGUCCGGCCUGCUCCCCGCACUAAGGCAGUGGUGCGUGUUCCCAGUACGGCCCGACCCGUUCCUGCUCCUCGCACCAAGCCAGUGGUGCGCGUCGCCAGCCCGGCCCGGCCUGUUCCUGCUCCUCGCACCAAGCCAGUGGUGCGCGUCGCCAGCCCGGCCCGGCCUGUUCCUCGCACCAAGCCGGUGGUGCGCGUCGCCUGCCCGGCCCGUGUCUGCUCCUCGCACCAAGCCAGUGGUGCGCGUCGCCAGCCCGGCCCGACCUGUUCCUGCUCCUCGCACCAAACCAGUGGUGCGCGUCGCCAGUCCGGUCCGGCCCGUGCCUGCUCCUCGCACCAGACCAGUGGUGCGUUUGUCCAGUCCGGCACGGCCCGUGCCCGUUCCACCGGUGCCUGGUCCGGCACCAGUCAGCUGCUCCACUCCGGAGCCAGAGCAGUCCGCUCCACCGGUGCCUGAUCCAGUUCCGGUCAGCUGUUCCACUCCGGAGCCAGAGCAGUCCGCUCCGCCGGUGCCUGAUCCAGCUCCGGUCAGCUGCUCCACUCCGGAGCCAGAGCAGUCCGCUCCACCGGUGCCUGAUCCAGCUCCGUUCAGCUUCUCCACUCCGGAGCCAGAGCAGUCCGCUCCACCGGUGCCUGAUCCAGCUCCGGUCAGCUGCGCCACUCCGGAGCCAGAGCAGUCCGCUCCACCGGGGUCAAGUCCAGAUCCGGUCAGCGGCUCCAGUCCAGAGCCUGAUUAGUCCGGUGCCCGGUCCAGCUCCGGUCAGCGGCUCCAGUCCAGACCCAGACGUCAGCCCCUCUCCAGGUUCGGGGUCUCCCACACCAGGGUCCAGACAGGGCUUGGAGUAUAGUGGGAGGAAGGAGAGGGGAAGCAGCGCGCCGAGGUCCAGACCAGACCAGGGGCGCAACAGGGAGGCGGAGAAUAGGUGUUUGUCACGCCCGGAGCCGGAUCCGCCUCCGAGGCGGAAUGCCCACCCGGCCCCUACCCUGUUAAGUAAAGGUUGUGUGGUCGGAGUCCGCACCUUUUGGGGGGGGGGGGGGUACUGUCACGCCCUGACUCUGGGGACUCUUAUUUGUUGAGUCAGGGUGUGUAUGUUCUAUGUGGUGUAGAUCUAUGUUUAAAGUCUAGUAGGUCUAUAUCUAUGUUGGCCGGUGUGGUUCCCAAUCAGAGGCAGCUGUUGCUCGUUGUCUCUGAUUGGGGACCAUACUUAGGCAGCCUUUUGGCACUAGUAAGUUGUGGGAUCUUGUUCCGUGGAAGGUAUGUUGUUUGGGUCUACCUUGGACUUUGUUGUUUUGUCAUUGUGUUUAUUCGGUAUAAUAAACAUGUAUGCAUAUCACGCUGCGCCUUGGUCUGACCCGUCUAUGAACGAACGUGACACGGAGAUGUGGUGCCUAGAAUUAUAAGCAGGAUGUUUGGCUCAAAAAUAGCUUGUUUUCCUGAAGUGGAUGAUUUUUCAUUUGACCAUUGUAUUGGGGUAACCAUUUGUUCAGAACUCCCCACUCACAAAAAUAAUUUCAGACUUUUGAUGGGCUUUUCACCUCAAAAUGUACUUCUGAUUGAGGAUAGACAGACCAAGCCUUUGGCCCUUGUAGAAGUUUGUUGCCUAUGAAAGUCAGAGCCAAACUGCUUUGAAAAUAUGUUUUGGCCCUGCCAUAAACCACAUGCCACUUCCUAUCAGUGACUGUUGUGUCUCUGGGCAUCAGUGGACGGGUGUUAUGACAGUUGGUGACACAAGUCACACUGUGUGACCUGAUAAUGGCUGAGUGAAAGCUGCUCUUUGUCCCUGCAGCUCUCCAUGGGGUAGGGAGCUAAAGCCGCUCAGCUAGUUUAAUUGUCACUGCUGGCCAUUUGACUGGAGGUCUCCUGACUCAACCCAGGAUAACACACACACACACACACACACACACACACACACACACACACACACACACACACACAUUGGGGCUUUGUCUCAGCGUGGGGACUUUGAUGGCUGUGUCAGCCUGAGGCACAUACCUCGUCACCUGAACCCCCAACCUUUUAUACACAGACGUUUUUGUUUAUGUUGACGUACACCCCUGACUCCCCAAGCUUCUGACCUAUUGACCUUUGAAUCCUACUCUCAGAAACCUGGGGCUUAGACCUAUUCAAUGGGGCGCAACGUUUAGAAGGUCGCAGAUAGAAAGAUUCCACACUAGAGCUGGGAGAUAUGGACAAAAAUCCAUAUCGCAACAAAUUGUCUGAGUUGAUGUGAUAACGAUAAAUAGAAAGAUAAUUAUUGUGCACCACCGUUCUUUAAAAUGAUCCUUUAAACUACUACUACUAGUUUGAUUGUUGUAGCCAUCAAUUGUCCCAUUAACGAUCACGCAUAUUAGCAAACUUAUUUCAUUUCAACCUUCACAUUUCUCUGCUGUAGGCUACUUAUUGUAAUGAACAAUGUCAGAAAAAUGCCUGCGAUAAGUGAUCGGUAUGGUCAGUGUCGAUAGUUUUCAAUUUAUCUUUCCAGCUAUAUUCCAUACGACUCAAUGUUCCGCAUGACAGAGGUUUAUGGUUUUUCUAUCAACAUCAUGCAAUUCUAUGAUAUUUGUCACAUUCAUUUGGCAGUGUGAUUUCUGUACUCAUAAACACAGGAAUUAUUGUCAUAACGCCAAACUAUUGUGAGUAAGUCCAUAGUAGUUGUAGGGGAUAGCUUGUAGUAAUGUUAGUGAUUGAUUCAUGUUCCAUUGUGUAAAGCACUAGGCAGACCCCUCUGUUUGUUUCAUUUUCAUGUUCAACCUCCGACACAGGCCAGAAAAACAUACCGAUCUGCUAAGGUCACUCCAGGAAGCAUAGUAUAACACACACACACGCUCAAGCCUGAUCUCUAUCUCUCUCACUCACUCACCUCUUCUCAUCCUCCACUUGUAAUAUAGCUGAGGGGAAAGCUCAUACAUUUCUCUCUCUCCCAACCUCUGGGCUCCAUGUAGACAAUCCCUAGAAAAGCCCUUAGACCUCACACACAAUGGUAGCUGUUUGUGUGUUGUGUGUGUGUGUGUGCGUGUGCGCAUGCGUGCCAGAGACAACCAACCUUGCAACCCAACAGAGAAUCGCCUUUCAAAAAUGCGCAAAUAGUAGAAUAGGAUGCUGUUCAGAUAUUAAGGCUUUAGCUCAGUGGGAUAACAUGGUCUUGAGUUGAGACAUAACAUAUUUAUAAUGUGUGUUUUGUCAGUGUGAGCAGUCCUAUCUGAUGCGGGAGCAUGAGGACGUUCAGGAGCGGACUACCCUACGAUACGAGGAGAGGAUCACAGAGCUACACAGCAUCAUCGCUGAGCUCAACAAGAAGAUAGACCUGCUACAGGGCACUACCAUCAGGUGGGUGGUACACACACACACGUUAUAUAUAUAUAUAUAUAUAUGUGUGUGUGUAUAUAUAUUUAUUUACAUACACUUAGGUUGGAGUCAUUAACUUGUUUUUCAACCACUCCACAAAUUUCUUGUUAACAAACUAUAGUUUUGGCAAGUCGAUUAGGACAUCUACUUUGUGUAUGACACAAGUCAUUUUUCCAACAAUUGUUUACAGACAGAUUAUUUCACUUAUAAUUCACUGUAUCACCAUUCCAGUGGGUCAGAAGUUUACAUACACUAAGUUGACUGUGCCUUUAAACAGCUUGGAAAAUUCCAGAAAAUGAUGUCAUGGCGUUAGAAGCUUCUGAUAGGCUACAUGACAUAAUUUGAGUCAAUUGGAGGUGUACCUGUGGAUGUAUUUCAAGGCCUACCUUCAAACUCAGUGCCUCUUUGCUUGACAUCAUGAGAAAAUCAAAAGAAAUCAGCCAAGACCUCAGAAAAAUAAUUGUAGACCUCCACAAGUCUGGUUCAUCCUUGGGAGCAAUUUCCAAACGCCUGAAGGUACUACGUUCAUCUGUACAAACAAUAGUACGCAAGUAUAAACACCAUGGGACCAUGCACCUGUCAUACCGCUCAGGAAGGAGACGCGUUCUGUCUCUUAGAGAUGAACGUACUUUAGUGCGAAAAGUGCAAAUCAAUCCCAGAAGAACAGCAAAGGAACUUGUGAAGAUGCUGGAGGAAACCGGUACAAAAGUAUCUAUAUCCACAGUAAAACGAGUCCUAUAUCGACAUAAUCUGAAAGGCCGCUCAGCAAGGAAGAAGCCACUGCUGCAAAACUGCCAUAAAAAAGCCAGACUAUGGUUUGCAACUUCACAUGGGGACAAAGAUCAUACUUUUUGGAGAAAUGUCCUCUGGUCUGAUGAAACAAAAAUAGAACUGUUUGGCCAUAAUGACCAUCGUUAUGUUUGGAGGAGAAAGGGGGGACUUGCAAGCCGAAGAACACCAUCCCAACCGUGAAGCACGGGGGUGGCAGCAUCAUGCUGUGGGGUGCUUUGCUGCAGGAGGGACUGGUGCACUUCACAAAAUAGAUGGCAUCAUGAGGAAGGAAAAUGAUGUGGAUAUAUUGAAGCAACAUCUCAAGACAUCAGUCAGGAAGUUAAAGCUUGGUCGCAAAUGGGUCUUCCAAAUGGACAAUGAACCCAAGCAUACUUCCAAAGUUGUGGCAAAAUGGCUUAAGGACAACAAAGUCAAGUUAUUGGAGUGGCCAUCACAAAGCCCUGACCUCAAUCCUAUAGAAAAUGUGUGGGCAGAACUGAAAAAAGCGUGUGCGAGCAAGGAGGCCUACAAACCUGACCCAGUUACACCAGCUCUGUCAGGAGGAAUGGGCCAAAAUUCACCCAACUUAUUGCGGGAAGCUUGUGGAAGGCUACCUGAAACAUUUGACCCAAGUUAAACAAUUUAAAGGCAAUGCUACCAAAUACUAAUUUGAGUGUAUGUAAACUUCUGACCCACUGGGAAUGUGAUGAAAGAAAUAAAAGCUGAAAGAAAUAAUUCUCUCUACUAUUAUUCUGACAUUUCACAUUCUUAAAAUAAGGUGGUGAUCCUAACUGACCUAUGACAGGGAAUUUAUACUAGGAUUAAAUGUCAAGAAUUGUGAAAAACCUGAGUUUAAAUGUAUUUGGCUAAGGUGUAUGUAAACUUCCGACUUCAACUGUGUGUGUAUAUGUAUGUGUGUAUAUAUAUAUAUAUAUAUAUCUAUCCUUUAAAAAUAUAUAUAUUUCCCUUUAUUACUUUCCAACCCCACCAUCCCCUCCCUAAUUGGACUAAACUAGUGAACAACAAUGCUUAGGCCUCUACUUCAUGCUUAUACAUACUAUAUACAUUUUAUGGACACGGUCAAUAAUUAUAUUUUGUUUGUUUUUACUCCUGAACUAAUGAUCAUUUUCAUGAUGUCCAUCUGGUAUGCUUCUAUAUGCCAUAUCUUUCAAACUGUGCUCUUUCACAAAACCUCACAAUAUAUAACCUAUAUCCUUAUUAUGGACACAGUAUGUCUUACACUAGUUAUCUUGUUGUUAUUAGUUGUUGUUAUUAGUCCCAUCCUUCAGCCUUGUAAGUGUUUGUUUUCCUAGCUUAAGUGCCCUCUCCAGCCCUCUCCACCGGUGCUUAACACACUGAUGUGUACCGGGAAAAAAACUCCUCUGAAAAAAUAGGCAUCGGUUUGAGUGCUAAGCAGGACCAUUAACCAAGCAACUGAUUAGAAUGAACUCAAGCAUGGCAGCCCCCCAAAAUUCCUCAAUUUCCAAAAUGUGUACUGGUUUUGGUCACACUUUAUUUGGAUAGUCCGGAUUGUCCAUCUGUAGAUGCUUUACAGAUGGUCUUACUAUCUGUUGAUAAGCAACUGCUUGCUAAGGUUAGGUUUAGAAUAAGGGUUAGGGUAAGGGUAAAGGUUAAGGUUAGUGUAAGGGUUAAUGGAUAGUUAGUUGUAAUGUUACUGAUAGUCAAUCUGUAGAUGCUCUACAGACUAUCCAAAUUAAGUGUUACCCUGGUUGUUUAAUUAGGUUCGUUAUAAAGUCUUAUGCAUUUUGGAAAAGGGGAAUUCUCCAAAUCUGUUUGAUUUCAUUCUCUGAUUAUUUGUGUGUGUUUAUGUUUGCAUAAACGGUGCCAUGCCAAUUCAGUAUAUCUUGCGUCAUGUUGUCAGAACAGCAUAUAACAGUGUGAGUCAGUACUUUCUAUUUGCCAACCUUGUGAGAACUCUGUGAUGUGAAUUUACUGCCCGGCUAUUUAUUUCACAGACGUGCAAUCAAGAUUGUGUCAAACCAAUUAUAUGCAAUCAAACGACCCUAUAAUUCAGAGCUACUGGCAAGAUGUGACAUAUCAAUGUUUGGUAGCAGCAGUGAGGUUGUUUAGUGCAAUACUACUUUCACCAAUAGUGUUUAUUUCUGUAUCACAUACAUAGACCUAAUGGAUAGAGUUUGGAUAGAAUCCAUUUUCCCAAUGGAACUCCAGGCAUGUGUGGCAGACAAUAUACAGAAUCCGAGACGCAGGCACAAGAAUCAACAUUCAUUCAAAAUGUAGAAAUGUAUGCUGCUUUCAUUUGGAUCUAGACAUUUUCCUCGAUUGAAUUUAUCUAGCUGUCAUCGCAAGGGAUGACAAGUGGUAUCAACAUAGGUGUGGGGUGUCCGUGCUUCAUCUAAUAGAUAAUCCGAUGUGAUCAGUCUCACAGACGUGUAAACACUGCACUGCUAAGAUCUGACAUUUCUCCUGCAGGUUGGUCACAACGAGAGCUUUUCCCUCAUUAAAACUAUACAUGAUCUUCAUGCUUGUGCAUAUAUUUAAAUACUAAUGCCUGAGAAGUUCAGACUGGGACGUCACUAUUGCUUAAUUGCGGAGGGUUCUCAUCUGAAGCACGAAUAUACACACACACGUACGCGUAUACGUGCUGUAUAGGGUUAAUCAGCUUGCGUAUUCAUGUGGAAAGUGUGCAUAUUUGAAAAGGACAAAUGCUCGCCACAGCCUUAUAUGAAUGGCAUAGAUUUCCAUGUUUAAUAAGGCAUAGCUAAUCACAUGAAAUGGCUGUAUUUUGCCGUUUUACAGGUUAACUGAUGCUAAGCUUACAGGAUAUAGGCUGGAUCUCAGAGGGCUUGGAUCAAAGGGUCUAUUAUACUGUAGGUCAGGGUUCUUCAAUUCCGGUCCUGGAGGGCCGAAACACUUCAGUUUUUUAUUUCUACGUGGUAGUUAAUUGCACUCACCUGGUGUCCCAGGUCUGAAUUGGCCCCUGAUUAGAAGGAGAGGAUGAAAAACAGAGGUGUUUCGGCCCUCCAGGACCGGAAUUGAAGAACCCUGCUGUAGGUUUUCUCAGGUCGUUUUUCCAGAUAUUAACCAUGUUAACUAUACUCAAGGCUUAAGAUUGACAUGAUGGUACAUCUACACGGUUACUGUUUCUACUAUUUAUAGAUCAAUAGCUGAUACCCUAUAAAACAAACUGAUCUCUCGUUCCCACUGAUCGAUUCUAUACACCAUCAUCUGGUAAUGGCAGUGUGUGUGGUCAUGAAAACGACAUUGAAGUAAAACAAAACUUUGCAGGGAAUUGUCACACCCGCCUGGUUGCCAAAUCACUUUUAUGCUUUAGCUGACUCCUCUGUUUGCCAUCAUGCCAGGAAAUUACAGCGUUAUCGAAGCACAAACAGAUCUGUCAAGGUUAGUGUCAUAUCAGUUUGACCUAACUCAGACAACUCAGUGACCCUCUGCCCCUCAGGGAGGAGGAUGAGUUUUCGGAGCUGCGUUCGGAGCUCAGCCACAGCCAGCUCGAGGUCAACGAGGACGGACACAGCCUGGACCAGGACGGGGCAUCCGUCUCACUGCCUGAAAACCACUCCACCCUGGUGACCGCCGACAUGGGUAAGAAAGGACACAAUGUGCCUGUAGUGCUUGACUGUAAACCCACGUACAACUCUUAUAAAUGAUUUUGACUUGCUCUGAAUACCCUCAUUCUAUGGUUUAGUGGACACAUUCACCACCAAGCCGGAGUUGGCUCUACACCAUCAGUAGAAUGAAUGUGUUCAUGCUCUCACUCUAAUCUUCGCUUUUCUGUUUCACUAAUAACUGCUUUGAUCAGUGGUUCAUUUAAAUCCUCUCUCCCAUCCUAUGUUACCUAUCUGUGCCCAUAGACUCUGUUACCUACAGUAUCUGUGCAUGUCCUCCCUUGAUGGAUGGCCUGUUGCCAACCAACUGCUAUAGGGUUGAUGGCACCCAAUACACAAUUAUCGGCUUCUAGCGGAGAUAGAAUGAGGAGCAGUUAUGUGUGUGUGUGUGUGUGUCUGUGUGUGUGUGUGUGUGUGUGUCUGUGUGUGUGUGUUUGUGCUCGUGCUUGCAUGCACACUCCCACAAUGGAAAAUGUAUUCAGCAGAGUCCGUGCAGCAGUUCCUUCCUUCGAGACGCUAUUUAUACUCCCCUCUAUCAAUGGUGCUGAGAGCACCCAGCAAUCACUUGUCAAUGGUAAAGAGCUUUAUCGGUUUCUCUUCUUCAUUAUCCUCAACGUUGAGCAGAGAGAGAGAAGAAAAACAUUUUUCAGUCAUUUGUCUCUAGCUGUAGCCGGGGCAAUCUUAUCCCCUCACACACACAAAGGAUUUCACCAGUCAGGAAAUCGUUUAGGAAACAGGAAUACAAGUUUUGUUAAUCAUCACGUUCGUUCGUACAGCACUAAUUACUUUUGCAUUGUUGGCAAAAUCUGCAAAUACUUAGCCCCCUCCAGCGGUAGGAAAAGGGGGCACAUUGGGAAAUACGUCUGUCGCUCUCCACAUUUUCAUAUCCCACACAAUGUACCCAGGCUAUGUUUGACUAGGUCUGGGACGAUAAUCAUCAUUUAUUAUUUUGGAUGCAGUAUGGCAGCAGGUGCUCACCAUCGGCAUGGCGGUAUUGGAUGCUUUUGCAGGGCUUUUAUUUAUAUGCAGAUUUAAAUUUGUUUCUGAUGAGCCAAUUUGAAUCCCUCUUGAGAUAUUAAGUUGUAUCGCUUGAGAUAAAGAAGUUGACACAGUGAAUAGGGAACGGAAGCUUUGAAAUUGGUACAUGCCUUUUAGUGCUGUCCCCAUUUAGUCGACUGGUCGAUAGGCUGUUGGUCGACAGAGAUUUCUUUAGUCGAGCAGUAGCACAAAAAUACAUUUAAAAAAUCAUGGCGUGCAAGACAUCUGUCUGAGUGGACUGAUCCAUUGUGGAGGCAGUGGGGAUGGCAAUGUCCAUCACUCUAAGACUUGUGUUACUGAAAUUGUACAGUGCAUUCGGAAAGUAUUCAGACCCCUUGACUUUUUCCACAGUUUGUUACGUUACAGCCUUAUUCUAAAAUUGAUUUAAUUUUUAUUUUAUUUUAUCAAUCAACACACAAUACCCCGUAAUGACAAAGCAAAAUCAGAUUUUUAUACAUUUUCGCACAUUUCUUUAAAAAAAACUACGGAAAUAAUACAUUUACAUAAGUAAUCAGUCUUCUUGGGUAUGACGCUACAAGCUUGGCACACCUGUAUUUGGGGAGUUUCUCCCAUUUCUUCUCUGCAGAUCUUGUCAAGCUCUGUCAGGUUGGAUGGGGAGCGUCGCUGCACAGCUAUUUUCAGUUCUCUCCAGAGAUGUUCGAUUGGGUUCAAGUCCGGGCUCUGGCUGGGCCACUCAAGGACAUUCAGAGACUUGUCCCGAAGCCACUCCUGCGUUGUCUUUGCUGUGUGCUUAGGGUCAUUGUCCUGUUGGAAGGUGAACCUUCACCCCAGUCUGAGGUCCUGAGCGCUCUGGAGCAGAUUUUCAUCAAGGAUCUCUCUGUAUUUUGCUCCGUUCAUCUUUGCCUCUAUCCUGAAUAGUCUCCCAGUCCCUGCCGCUGAAAAACAUCCCCACAGCAUGAUGCUGCCACCACCAUGCUUCACCGUAGGGAUGGUGCCAGGUUUCCUCCAGACGUGACGCUUGGCAUUCAGGAGCUCUAUGGACAAUUCCUUCAACCUCAUGGCUUGGUUUUUUUCUCUGACAUGCACUGUCAACUGUGGGAACUUAUUUAGACAGGUGUGCACCUUUCCAAAUCAUGUCCAAUCAAUUGAAUGUACCACAGGUGGACUCCAAGUUGUAGAAACAUCUCAAGGAUGAUCAAUGGAAACAGGAUGCACCUGAGCUCAAUUUCGAGUCUCAUAGCGAAGGGUCUGAGUACUUAUGGAAAUAAGGUUUUCUGUUUUAAUUUUUAAUACACUUGCAAAACAUUAUGGGGUAAUGUGUGUAGAAUGAUGAGGAGAAAAAAAACAAUUUAAUCAAUUUUUGAAUAAUGCUGUAACGUAACAAAAUGUAGAAACAUUCAAAGGGUCUGAAUACUUUCCGAAUGCACUGUAUGUACAGAAAUAAGACAGAUCCUGCUUGUGUUGCCUGUUUGAGUGUUUGUUUAAUAACCUAUUGAUUCCGUGAGCACCAAGCCUCAACCACAUGUCGUAUAAACAAUUUCACAAAUGUGGCUGUUUUUAAUCUAUGCUAUGCUUUAAUAAAGGCUUUACACUUUUUUUUCGUUAGAACAGCCGCUCUGGUAUUGCUUAUAAUUUAUUUAGUGUUGACACUGUUCCAAAUGGUCCUUUUUCUUGAUCUCCUUAUUGUUAUUAUUAUUAAUUGUAUCAUUAUAAUAAGUAAUGUCAUUAUCAUUAGUAAGCUUAGUAUAGCAGCCUUGUAUAAUCACCAUCGAGCUGUAGGCCUAAGAGCGCAUCCUGUUUAGUUUUAAUACCGUAACUUACUUAGGCCUAUAUUUCAAUACUUCUAUAGACUACUGUAUCAAUCAAUAAUUAUUCGUUCGUCAUCACACAGCAUACGAGUCAUUCAUGAUUUGAAAUGCAAUCAAGCAUUUUAGUUUUAAAAUAAAAUAACAAAGCGACCCUUGACUAAUUAGCGUAAACAAUAAACAAACCGUUCCAUGUCGGCAAUUGCAUUCACGAAUGCAUGCGACUGUUUUUAGUCUUUGCUGUAAUAAAGUCCCCCCCCCCCCCCCCCCAAAAAAAAAAAAAACACAACCUGUUUUUGGUACGCUUAUAAUUUAUUUAGUGUUUGUUCCAAACGGUCAUAAAAAUGAUAUUGUAAUCAAACAGCACCUGUUUGGCACACAUAAUAUGCACACAGCGCUUGCACCUUCUUUUUCUUGAACUCCAGUAUUUUCCACAACUAGUAAGAUUUAUUCCACACAUCUGACUUCCCCUUUACCUCCUGAGCAACCAAACAUUCCCCCAUUUUCUAGUUUAUUUGUCACGUCAUCUGCAUCCAUUUUGCUGUCACGUGUUACGGUGUUCUGAGUUUGUUAUAACCAAUUUAUUGAUGUGAUUAUGAUCUGCUAUAGGUCAGGCCCUAUAGGUCACGUGCAUGCGAUGCAUACAUGUCACGUAAAGAGAGCAAGGAUUGAGGGAAUAGGGAAUGUUUUUCCUAAACAAAUUAGGGAUUUCGGUAACAGAACUUUUCAGACAGAAAUUGCUGUAAUUAUUUUGCAGCUUCAGCAGUUCGCUGUGGAUACAUGUACUGAAUGACAAUAUUGUCAUAUUAUUAUAUAAAAAAGAAUGGUCCUGCUUGUAUCGUUGUCUUUCUCUCAAAUAGUAAUGUGGUGUGUGUUGUAUUCUCUCUAAUCAGCAAAUGUGUGUGAGAUGCGGUUUAAUGAGUGUGUUACUAGCCUGCAGCAUUCAGUCACCCUCGGGCGCUCAGUUAAACCAUUAGCAUUUAGCACAUGGCUGGUUAUUAGUAUGGCCCUAGCACACAAAACAUCAACACUAUGCUCCAAGGUCACCUUGCUCAUGCAGACUACAGUAGCUGUGUUGUUCUAGCCACAUGGAGGUUAGAUUAUUUGUUCCUAGAUCAGUGUAUCUGGCUCUAGUCCUAUUAUAUUUUGGUCUGCAUCAGGCAUACUAGCAUUCAUUUAUCUGAUUCCACAUCCGUUUGACCCUGGCCCUGGACUUCUUCCCUGUAGUCUACUGCAGUGGCCUGAACUCAGUUUGCCUGACAUUUACAUUAGGCUUUUAAACAUUAAUCCAAUCCUAGACCAGUCUAUCUGACCCGGAUCUGUGCUUUCUCCCUGUAGACAACUGCAGUGACCUGAACUUGGAGCUGCAGCGGGUUCUGACGGGGUUGGAGAGCGUGCUGUGUGGGAGGAAGAAGAGCACAUGCAGCCUGUCUGUGGCCGAGGUGGACCGCCACAUAGAGCAGCUGACCACCGCCAGCGAACACUGUGACCUUGCCAUCAAGGUAAGACAACAGGAAAUGACUAGCGGCUAAGACUGAGACUCGUUUUAGCAAAUCCUUUUCCUUCCUUAUAAACACAAUUAAUUGGGAGGGAAGAGUGAAGGAGGAUAAAGAGCGGACAGACUGAAAUAAAAACAUGCAGGAUAGAUGAAAAUAGGUUAACCUAAUACUGGUGUGCAAACCUUUCCUAUUAAAUGCAUUCACAGACCCUUAAAGAAAGGUACAUAAAAAUACAGUGAGAUUAGUUAUAAUACUUAAACUGUUGUAUGACGUUGAACUGUCCUGCUGUAAGACCUAAGCCACUUCCAGUAAUCCAUCAGCAGGGGUCCUGGGGUGACCCUGGGUUGGACCCAACAGUAACAGACCGUCUCAGCCUGGGGGGCCUGUGUGAUGGGGGGCCUGAUGGUGGUCCCCAUGGUGACUCCUCAGCUCAGGUAAUGGAACCCUGUCUGCCUGGCUGUAAUCUCUGUAGCGAUGGGAGUGUUAGCAGUCCUAAGGGGAAUUCAGUCUGCUAGCUAUUUGUUCCUCGCAAACAGAUAAUACAACACACACACAGGGAAAGAUGGGAGAAUGAGAGCGAGGGAGAAUGAAAGGGAAAUAGACCUAUAGACACAGAAUGUGACAAAGAGAUGGAGAGAAGUAGAGAAAGGGAGAGGGAGAUACAGUUAUGAUAAAGAAAGAUAGAGAAAGGAGAGAGGCAAAGUGAAGGACAUAGAAAUAAAGCAAUAGAGUGGAGGGAGCUCCUUGCCUCAUCCACCAAGUAAUUUUCAUGACCAAAAGUAUGUGGACACCUGCUUGUUGAACAUCUCAUUCCAAAAUCAUGGGCAUGAAUAUGGAGUUGGUCCCCCCUUUGCUGCUAUAACAGCCUCCACUCUUCUGGGAUGGCUUUCCACUAGAUGUCGGAACAUUGCUGCGGGGACUUGCUUCCAUUCAGCCACAAUCAUUAGUGAGGUCAGGCACUGAUGUUGGGCGAUUAGGCCUGGCUCGCAGUUGGUGUUCCAAUUCAUCCCAAAGGUGUUCGAUGCGGAUGAGGUCAGGGCUCUGUGCAGGCCAGUCAAGUUCUUCCACACCGAUCUCGACAAACCAUUUCUGUAUGGACCUCACUUUGUGCACGGGGGCAUUGUCAUGCUGAAACAGGAAAGGGCCUUCUCAAAACUGUAGCCACAAAGUUGGAAGCACAGAAUAUUCUAGAAUGUCAUUGUAUGCUGUAGCGUUAAGAUUUCCCUUCACUGGCCUAGCCCGAACCAUGAAAAACAGCCCCAGACCAUUAUUCCUCCACCAAACUUUACAGUUGGCACUAUACAUUGGGCCAGGUAGCGUUCUCCUGGCAUCCACCAAACCCAGAUUUGUCCAUCGGACUGCCAGAUGGUGAAGCGUGAUUAAUCACUCCAGAGAACAUGUUUCCACUGCAUCGGAGGUCCAAUGGCGGCGAGCUUUACACCACUCCAGCCGACACUUGGCAUUGCGCAUGGUGAUUUUAGGCUUGUGUGCGGCUGCUCGGCCAUGGAAACCCAUUUCAUGAAGCUCCCGAUGAACGGUUAUUUUGCUGACGUUGCUUCUAGAGGCAGUUUGGAACUCGGUAGUGAGUGUUGCAAACGAGGACAGACGAUUUUUACGAGUUACGCGCUUCAGAACUCGGCGGUCCCGUUCUGUGAGCUUGUGUGGCCUAUCACUUUGCGGCUGAGCCGUUGUUGCUCCUAGAUGUUUCCGCUUCACAAUAACAGCACUUACAGUUGACCGGGGCAGCUCUAGCAGGGCAAGACUUUGACAAACUGACUCUUUGGAAAGGUGGCAUCCUAUGACGGUACCACGUUGAAAGUCACUGAGCUCUUCCGUAAGGCCAUUCUACUGCCAAUGUUUUUAUAUGGAGAUUGUGUGGCUGUGUGCUCGAUUUUAUACACCUGUCAGCAACGGGUGUGGCUGAAAUAGCCAAAUCCACUCAUUUGAAGGGGUGUCCACAUACUUUUGUAUAUAUAGUGUAUGUCCUUUGUGUUAAGACUGCUAAAGGCGUAACAGACAAUCACUAUAACUGGCAUUCAGUUAGUGACAGUCACAGCCCACUCACUGUAAGGUGGGAGAAUGGAUUUACUUGGCUUUAUGUUAUCAGCCUGAAUGGUCCUCCAUCACAAACUAUUGUGUCAGAGCAGCAAUAGAGGACAGAUGGAGACAUAUUACUGUAAAGAAAGAUAAAUCAAGAUCCCUAUGUUGAACGUUUAUUUAGCUAUCAAUUUCUCCCCCUUUUGUUGGUUGAUCACAGUGGACACAACCAGUGCUAAUUAAUUUGGAUGAGGACAGGGGCUUUCUCCUUGGGCUUGAAAGAGAGGAAUUUGAGUUGCCUUGUUUCAGUAUGAAUCUGACCACUUAAUCCUAAUCCAAUUACAUUUUGUGGGAAGAAAAAUAGACGCCUUCACAGUUCCAGCUGAGAGGCUUAAUCCCAAACCGAUCCCUCUUUUCUAGACUGUGUCCUAAUUGUGUCUUUUUGUAAUUUGAUAGAAACAAAAAUUAUCAAGUGAGUAUGAGCGGUGGAGCUGAUUCCUACACCGACAUAUCCAGUCCUUUCAGAUUUGCGAGGAGUCAGCCAAGGAUCUAGUGAUGGGUUUGGGAUUGGGCCACAGUAUCCCAUUGUGUGUGGAUCCAAUCCAUUACCAAUGACUAAGCCUAUAAAAAGAAACAGAGUACCACACAGGCAAAUAUGUAUCUUCUCCCAGGCCAUUUGUUGAUAUUGGGUGUUCAUGCGGCACAGACAAGUUUAAGUUACUCCACAUGAUCCAUAGCAGUAGUUGGGCUUCUAACACCGUUUCGAUUCAGUUGAUAAAGCCGAUCCAGACCUCAUACAGAGGGAGGGAGCAGAGGCGCUGUACUUUAUAUGAUAUAGAGCCCAUAGACACUAUGCCGUCUUAAACCCAACAGCUACCAUGAAGGUUCCAGUUUAAGAGAGUAUGAAAUACACAUGUCAAGCAUUUGAGUGUUUAAAAUGCAGUAGUGGUGCUUGGGUAAAAUCACUGGGGAAGCCAAUGUGUUGUGAUAACUGCAUUGUUUUCUCUAUAACCUGUUAGUUCAUAUGCUUUGCCACUGUGAUAUAUAGGCCUUAUGCCGAGACAAUAAGAAGACAAAGUGGCAGAAUAAAUUCAACACCACCUUUGUUUCAUCACAAAACCGGAGAACAACAUCUGUCCACAAAGCAUAUUGCAUGUAACAAACAGUUACAUGACCUACAGCAUGGUCAAUCAAGUUAAUGCUUCCGACAUUCUCGGACUACAUAACUAUUGAUUUAGAACCACUGAGAGUUACCGCAAGUCGCAAACAAAACAGGAGCUGCCUCCACUAUUCUAGCACCAUUUCAACUACAACAUUUCAUCAUCAAAUCACUAUGCUUAGUCUAAUACAGUGACAAUUAAAAUAUACCAAAAACAAUUUAGUCCAUUCAACAUAAGCUAAAUAUGAUGUGGCUGUCAAUUGUACUGAUUUAUGUGUGUGCUUGCGUGCAAGUAGAAAAAAACAUGUUGACUCACCCUACUAGUAGAGAAACGCCAACGCCAUCCUCCUCUCUUUCAUGUCGCCGAAACGGUCGAUGACUAUGUCAUACAGUAGGCUACACGCUUUUAGUUUUUGUUGUCCUGGCUAAAAUGCUUGCUCGCUAGCCUAACUUCCUUUCAUGGGCAAUGAUGAGCCAGCUAGUUAACAUUAACCUACUACAUCUAGCUACAUAUUGAACUUCCAUCCUCUCAGGUCAGGGGCACAAUGUAUGAAUUAAUGGUUGGAUCAGAAUCGCCAUUAUAAUCAUUGGCCAGUACAGAGAAUUAAGUAAAACCACAAGUCCAAAUCCCUAUCGCCAUUCAUGGCUAAUUUAGAAAAGGGACAUUUUUAGCUAGCUAGUCAUGGGAGGACAACAACACAACGAGAUGCAACAAUUAAAGUUAUUUCUGUCAUUGACGUUUUGGCUUUUGUUGUGAUGUGAUUGGUGUGAAGCCAAAUCCAAACUGGCUUCCCAUGACACUUUUUGUUGUUGGUGCGCCUGGACCAUUCACAGUUGAGCUCACUCAGUUUAGCUCAACGCUGAUUGGCUUUUUUAUUAUAUUUUUUAUCAAUGGAGGCCACAUGCUCGCCAGCAUUCAAUGCUAUGGGCGGCAACAAUAUCAUGCUCUUUUUGACCAGACAGCAUCAGAUAAAUGGGCUAAACUAUACAGAGACAGAGGGGCGCUGUUUCGCUUACUCUGAGAUACAUUCAGCCUCAAAUUGAAGGAAUAUUAUAAAACACAGAUUACACAAUUAUUUCUUUUUUUUCUUGGUGAAUGUUUUGGUUUCCCUUGGCAUCCAUGAAUACACCCCACUGUUAAAAUGAUUUAUUGUGGUGAAUUCAGGACACACUCGGCUAAUUGGGGGCAUUUCAGUGCAUUUUCAAAUCAGUUCCAGAUUUCAAAUGUUCUUCGUAAAAAAUGGUCUAGGCCUAUAUUAAAUAUCAACCCUCAAAUGUACAUUACUGUAAAAAAAAGUAUUAGUUCAAGGCAGUAUUAGGUUGCAGUAGCAUAUUCCAGAAAUAGAGACUAUACGGUACAGUACCACUCAUCUCAGUAUCUCUGUGGCUUAGCCAUGCUGGGGUAGACUUCUGUUCAUUUAGAGGUUAAAUUGGAGAGUUAGUGCUGGUAUGGAGUGAUUUCAGUGCCAACAGAAAUUGUAUUUCAUUUUGAAUUUGUAUUAGGAUAUUGAAUUUCAAUGUAAUAUUUUUGAAUUUGUAAUGCACAAAUUGAAUACUUAAAUUCAUAAAUUGAAUUUUUAUUUCAUGAUUUGAAACUGAAUUGAAUGAAUAUUGCAUUGUUUUAAAGUCAAUAUUUAUAUAUUCAGUUUCAAUAUGAUAUAUAUUGCAUUCAUUGUCUAUGUAUCAAGUUUACAAACUAUUAUUGGAAGUUUAUCAAAGUUUCAAAAAUUCAACUUUUCAGAUGCAUUCAGAUUCAGUUUUUCGAAUUCAGUUCUCUAAAUUCAGAUUCAAAACCAGAGACAACAUCCUGGUACUUUGCCGGCCAGGUAUGAUAGAGAAGAACAGAUCGAAUAAAGCACUCUCUGUGGUAAACAGAAGCUUCUGGCGGUUUCUGAAGCCAAUGUGGCAUGUUGAAUUUAGGCUAUCCUUAGAAGGGCUAUGAGAGGGCUAUUGAACAACAUUUCUCCCUUCUAACAUGUCCUGCGCAGCCUUUGAGGGCAACAGAAGGCACAUCCAUGUUCCCGAGAGUCUAAACUUUCAGGAAUGGGGUCAUAAUGUCUAGAGCCAUAUUCAAUGGAAGAAAAUAAAUUGAACAUGCCACUGCCAGAAGCUUCUGUUUACCACAGAGAGUGCUUUAUUCGAUCUGUGUGUCCUCGAUCAUACCUGGCUGGCAAAGUACCAGGAUGUUAUCUCUGGAUUUGAAUCUGAAUUUAGAGAACUGCAUUUGAAAACUGAAUCUGAAUGCAUCCGAGAAGUUGAAUAUAUGAAACUUUGAUAAACAGACCCCUUCCCUUUUCCCACAUUUUGUUACAUUACAGCCUUAUUCAAAAAUUGAUUAAAUAACAUUUUUUCCUCAUCAACCUACACACAAUACCCCAUAAUGACAAAGCGAAAACAGAUUCUUAGAUGUUUAAAAAAAAAUGUAUUAAAAAACAGAAAUACCUUAUUUACCCAAGUAUUCAGACCCUUUGCUAUGAGACUCGAAAUUGAGCUCAGGUGCAUCCUGUUUCCAUUGAUCAUCCUUGAGAUGUUUCUACAACUUGAUUGGAGUCCACCUGUGGUAAAUUCAAUUGAUUUGGAAAUUAUUUGGAAAGGCACAAGCCUGUAUAUAUGAAGGUCCCACAGUUGACAGUGCAUGUCAGAGCAAAAACCAAGCCAUAAGGUCGAAGGAAUUGUCCAUAGGAGCUCCGAGAUGACAGGAUUGUGUCGAGGCACAGAUCUGGGGAAGGAUACCAAAACAUUUCUGCUGCAUUGAAGGUUCCUAAGACCACAGUCGCCUCCAUCAUCCUUAAAUGGAAGAAGUUUGGAACCACCAAGACUUUUCCUAGAGCUGGCCGCCCGGCCAAACUGAGCAACCGGAGGAGAAGGGCCUUGGUCAGGGAGAUGGUCACUCUGACAGAGCUCCAGAGUUCCUCUGUGGAGAUGGGAGAACCUUCCAGAAGGACAACCAUCUCUGCAGCACUUCACCAAUCUGGCUUUUAUGGUAGAGUGUCCAGACGGAAACCACUCCUCAGUAAAAGGCACAUGACAGCCCACUUUGAGUUUGCCAAAAGGCACCUAAAGACUCUCACCAUGAGAAACAAGAUUAUCUGGUCUGAUGAAACCAAGAUUGAACUCUUUGACCUGAAUGCCAAGCGUCACAUCUGGAGGAAACGUGAAGCAUGGUGGUGGCAGCAUCAUGCUGUGGGGAUGUUUUUCAGCGGCAGGGACUGGGAGACUAGUCAGAGAUGAACGGAGCAAAGUACAGAGAGAUCCUUGAUGAAAACCUGCUCCAGAGCGCUCAGGACCUCAGACUCGGGCAAAGGUUCACCUUCCAACAUGACAACGACCCUAAGCACACAGCCAAGACAACGCAGGAGUGGCUUCGGGACAGGUCUCUGAAUGUCCUUGAGUGGCCCAGCCAGAGUUGCCCGGCCAGAACCCAAUCGAACAUCUCUGGAGAGACCUGAAAAUAGCUGUGCAGCGACGCUCCCCAUCCAACCUGACAGAGCUUGAGAGGAUCUGCAGUGAAGAAUGGGAGGAACUCCCCAAAUACAGGUGUGCCAAGCUUGUAGCGUCAUACCCAAGAAGACUCGAGGCUGUAAUCGCUGCCAAAGCUGCUUCAACAAAGUGCUGAGGAAAGGGUCUGAAUACUUAUGUAAAUGUGAUGCUUCAGUUUUUUUUUUUUUAUAAAUUUGCUAAAAUGUGGAAAAAGUCAAGGGGUCUAAAUUCUUUCCGAAUGCACUGUAUACAGAUCCUUCACAUAGUAUUCAUACCCAUGACCUAUAACACAUGUUGUUGUGUUACAGCCUGAAUUUAAAAUGGAUUAAUUUAAUAAAAAAUUGCACUGAAAAUAUUCAACUCAAUUGAAUUUUAUAACUAAAUGCAAUAUUUAUUCAAUUCAGUUUCAAAUCACAAAAUACAAGUUCAAAUGAUGAAUUCUAUGAUUCAAUUUGUGCAUUACAAAUUCCAAAAUAUUAAAUUCCAUUACAAUAUCCUAAUACAAAUGCAAAAUUAUCGCUCAAUACCUGGCCUGGUGUGAGAUCUACAGCAGUCGAUGAGACUUGGGAUUUCAAGUUCAUUCCAUUUCCUUCGGUGUUUAAACCAAUUGCCUCUUACUCAAUCCCCCCCUCUCCUGCUCUCUCUCUAUCGCUCUCGCCCUCUCACUCUGUCUGGGAGCUGAGAGGGAGAUGGAUGGAUGGAGGGAUAAGAGAGAUUGACUCUCUGGGGUGUGGAGGAGAUAAAGGCGUGACUCAAGCCUGUCUCUAAGCCCACUACAAGCCUAUGAAUCACUCUACAGAUCCUCAUCUCUGAUGCUAGAGACAGACAUGAUCAUAGACGCUAACCCUCUGCCAUAUCUCACACGUUCAUACGUACGCACGCACAUACACACACAGUUAUACACUCUAAAAUAUGGGCACUUUUGGGAGAUCAGGGGUUUCUUCCACUAGAUAGAAAAAGGAAAAAGACACGUACAUAAAUCAUCGUCUUGGGUGCUUGUUCUACUCAUGUAAAUUGAGACGCGUGAUGGACUACACUACCCACAAAUUAUAAACAUAAAAAUUGAACCGCUAUGUAGGGGAAAAUCCUGUGCAAAAACAAAUGUGCCUGACAUGUUAGAUUUUCUUGGUCUCACUUUUGUUUUGUCUCCCUGUUUAGUUUUUCUCAUAUCAUUUUCUUGUCUCUUUCUUGGGGCUACUACUGUCACGAUCGUCGUAAGCAACGGACCAAGGCGCAGCGUGAUAUGCGUACAUCUUUUAAUGAGUACUUUAUACACUACAACAAAACGAUACGUGAAGUCCUAAGGUUAACAAACACAAACCUCUCCGGAACAAGAUCCCACAAAUGACAAGUGCAAAACAGGCUGCCUAAGUAUGGUUCCCAAUCAGAGACAACGAGCCACAGCUGUCUCUGAUUGGGAACCACCCUGGCCAACAUAGAAAUAAACGAUCUAGAAAGAAACACAUAGAAAACAAAACAUAGACACUACACACCCUGGCUCAACAUUUAAGAGUCCCCAGAGCCAGGACGUGACAACUACAAGGUACCAAAUUGUUAUUUUUUGUGAUGCCAAUUUCAAUGAGUCCCAGAGAAUCCACAGUCAUUCACAUUUGGUUAGUAGAAUUGUUACCGUGUAAUCUCAAUCUCAACACCCUAUACAUACGGCACUGUAAAAUGGCGUGCCAUAAAAUAACGUUCCCCCUCUUUCCUCCUUCCCCCAGACGGUGGAGGAGAUCGAGGGAGCCCUCGGACGGGACUUCUACCCCAGCCUGUCGGAGGAGCGGAUGCACUGGGAGAAGGAGCUGGCUGGCCUGAGGGAAGAGAACGAGAGCCUGACGGCCAUGCUGUGCUCCAAGGAGGAGGAUCUGAACCGCACCAAGGCCACCAUGAACGCCAUCCGGGAGGAACGUGACCGCCUGAGACGACGGGUCAGUCAGCUGGGUCCCGUUAUUAUGAUUUUUUACGUUUUCUGUGUACCUUUUUGAGCCUUUCCACGUGACUGUGUUGGUAGCUGACAGACUGGGGUGCAUCGUUGCUUAAUAUUACUAAGUCAGGUUUACAUUAAUUUUGGUUGAAUCUGACCCAUAGCAGUCAGUACAUAGAAAUGUAUCUAGUGAGGUGGAAGGUAGAAAGAAGAGACUCAACAAUGCAAUGUACAUGUAUUUUUGAUUAGAUCCCAAAAAAGUUGUGAGAACUUGACCCUGUUGCCAAAUCUCCAGUAAAUGUGUCCUAGUGUGAACCUGUUCUAGGUAGAGAACUAAGACUGUAAAAAAAAUCUCUGCACAGAAUGCGCUAAGCUGUAAUUAUGGUCCACCAUGUCCGUUUGAUUGAACGAUCUGCGGAGAUCGGUUCAAAUAUAGACAUGUUCUCUGAUGCCUUGUCGCUAGGCCACUGCAUUGACAGACACUCGCACGUACCAUUUCUAAUUCCAGCAAGUUUAUUCAGGGAUGUCUGAAGGAGAAGAAGACAUUACUGGGCACGAGUGGCCAGACACAUGUAUUUAUCCUUGCUCCUGCAAGAAUGAACCCUUUGAAUUUUCCAGCUGCAAACUGAGUUCUGCUUUCUGAACCAAACGAUGGUGCGCCGGUUAGGGCGGCCGUCUGAAUCAAUACGUUGAGCACUUUUAGACACAUAAUCAAAUCUGGUGUCCUCCCAAGGCUUGCUGAAGCUAGUUAGGACCGUAAUAUGAUUAGACUGCGAGAUGUAUCGAGCUAAAAACGGUCAGGCCGACCUAACCAGCCUCACUAAUUCUAGUGGGUCCUCAGAAAGGAGACCCAGACGCAGCAGAAAAAGCAUCCCAGCUCAGCUCAGAGCACUCGUUCCUCCCACCCUCUCAAUUUCUCCUCUCCUCUUUCCUCUAAUGAAAUCUGACCGUUUUGCAGACUAAUUGGACAAAUGCAUUGCGUUGCUGUUUCAAUGUGGGGCUCCUUAAAGGAUUUGCUAUGCACACACCGGUGUGUCCUUGGGGGCCCGCUUCCUCCUGCUCAGCCUUUUAAAAUAUGGAUUCCCCCUCAUUUGAGACUCAAGGUCCGAAUACGAUCUUAACUUUCCUUCCCUAUGCUUUUACCUUCCAUUUGAAGGACAGGUAUUUACUGUGGUAGUAAGCAUCUGUUACACCUUUUACAGUACCGGUACUGUAUGUGUGUAGUCCACAUAAUUCAGCUGUGUCGGCAGUUUGUUUACGAUACAAAAGAGCCUUGACUUUUAAGUCCAGAGACAGACCUCUAUAUAUUGGCAUGUCAUUGUAAGCUUUUACAAUGCACUCCACUCAUAAUAAGAAUCACUGAUAUGUUGGAAUCAACCACUUCCAGUGAAACACCACAGCACAAGGCAGUGUAUACUGAAGAAAAAUAUAAACGCAACAUCUUAAGUGUUGGUCCCAUGUUUCAUGAGCUGAAAUAAAAGAUCCCAGAAAUGUUCCAUACGCACAAAAAGCGUAUUUCUGUCAAAUUUUGUGCACAAAUUUGUUUACAUCACUGUUGGUAAGCAUUUCUCCUUUGACAAGAUAAUCCAUCCACCUGACAUUUGUGGCAUAUGAAGAAGCUGAUUAAACAGCAUGAUCAUUACACAGGUGCACCUUGUGCUGGGGACAAUAAAAGGCCACUCUAAAAUGUGCUGUUUUGUCACACAACACAAUGCCAUAUAUGUCUCAAGUUUUGAGAAAGCAUGCAAUUGGCAUGCUGACUGCAGGAAUGUCCACCAGAGUUGUUGCCAGAGAAUGUAAUGUUAAUUUCUCUGCAAUAAGAUAAUUUGACAGUACGUCCAACAAGUCUCACAACCACAGACCACGUGUAACCACGCCAGCCCAGGACCUUCACUUCCGGCUUCUUCACCUGCGGGAUUGUCUGAGACCUGCCACCCGGACAGUUUAUGAAACUGAGGAGUAUUUCUGUCUGUAAUAAAGGUCUUUGUGGGGAAAAACUAAUUCUGAUUGGCUGGGCCUGGCUCCACAAUGGCUGGACCUGGCUCCCAAGUGGGUGUGCCUAUGCCCUCCCAGGCCAACCCAUGGCUGUGCCCCUUCCCAGUCAUGUGAAAUCCAUAGAUUAGGGUCUAAUUAACUUAUUUCAAUUGACUGAUUUCCUUAAAUGAACUGUAACUCAGUCAAAUCGUUCAAAUUGUUGCAUGUUGCGUUUAUAUUUUUGUUCAGUAUACUAGAACUGUCCUGGACAGAUGUGCAUGUGAAAAGCAGGUGCAUAUGAGUCAAACAAAGUCUUCGAUUUAUAUACUGGCCAGAACCGAACAGAACCAGAAUCAUUUUCUUUGCAGUUUCUUUUCUCAGGGAUCAUGAAGGAGACAGCUGGCUAGAGGACUAGUUCAUGAUGGCACAGUCGCAGUCCUCUCUGUGUCCUUUGGCAGCACAUGGCAGCCAUGUGGCUUUUUUCAGACCUACGGCUCCCAGGGAGUUUGUCAGGAGAGGAGAGCAGGAAAAACAGCAGUGUUCAAAGUCAUGGCCAAGCUCUCUCGCGCGCGCGCUCUCUCUCGCUCUCUCCUACACCCUCUCUUUCUCGCUCUCUCCCUCCUACACCCUCCCUCUCUCACGCUCUCUCCUACACCCUCUCUCCCUCUUACACCCUCUCUCUCCCUCCUACACCCUCCCUCUCUCUCGCUCUCUCCUACACCCUCUCUCUCCCUCCUACAGCCUCUCUCUCCUACACCCGCUCUCUUUCUGUCUCUCUCUCACACACUCUUUCUGUCAUACACCUCUCUUUCUGUCUCUCUCUCACACACACCCUUUCUGUCAUACACCUCUUUCUUUCUCUCCCUCCCUUUCUCCUACACUCAAUUCAAUUCAAGGGGCUUUAUUGGCAUGGGAAACAUGUUUACAUUGCCAAAGCAAGUGAAAUGGAUGAACAAAAGUGAAAUAAACAAUACAAAGUGAACAGUAAAUAUUACAUUUACAUUACAUUUUAGUCAUUUAGCAGACGCUCUUAUCCAGAGCGACUUACAGUUAGUGAUACAUUUUUUUUUUUACAUAUUGUUUUUAUAUUUAUAUUACGUCCCACCGUGGGAAUCGAACCCAAACCCUGGGUUGCAAACACAUGCUCUAUCAUGAGCUACAUCCUGCCGGCCAUUCCUCCCUACCUGACGACGCUGGGCCAUUGUGCGCCGCCCAUGAUCUCCGGUCGCGGCGGACUGCGACAGAGCCUGGAUUCGAACCAGGAUCUUAGUGGCACAAUUAACACUGCGAUGCGGCGCCUUAGACACUGCGCACUCAGGAGAACAGUAGUCUACACUCACACAGUUCCAAAGAAUAAAGACAUUUCAAAUGUCUAUUAUGUUUACUAUCAUGUUUAACGUGAAAAGUAAUAUAAAGGAAAUAGAUAACACAAUGUGGUUGUAUUACAAGGUGUUGUCUUCACUGGUUGCCCUUUCUUGUGGAACAGGUCACAAUCUUGCUGCUGUGAUUGCACACUUGGUUUUCACCCAAUAGAUAUGGGAGUUUAUCAAAUUGGAUUUGUUUUCGAAUUCUUUGUGGGUCUGUGUAAUCUGAGGGAAAUAUGUGUCUCUAAUAUGGUCAUACAUUUGGUAGAGGUUAGGAAGUGCAGCUCAGUUUCUACCUAAUUUUGUGGCCAGUGUGCACAUAGCCUGUCUUCUCUUGAGAGCCAGGUCUGCCUACGGUGACCUUUCUCAAUAGCAAGGCUAUGCUCACUGAGUCUGUACAUAGUCAAAGCUUUCCUACAUUUUGGGUCAGCCACAGUGGUCAGGUAUUCUGCCACUGUACUCUCUGUUUAGGGCCAAAUAGCAUUCUAGUUUGCUCAUUUUUUUUGUUAAUUCUUUCCAAUGUGUCAAGUAAUUAUCUUAGUUUUCUCACGAUUUGGUUGGGUCUAAUUGUGUUGCUGUCGUGGGGCUCUGUUGGGUCUGUUUGUGAACUGGACCAGCUUGCUUAGGGGACUCUUCUCCUCUCUCUCUCUCUCUGUUUCUCUCUCCCUCUCUCCUACACCCUCUCUAUCCCUCCUCUGUCCCUGCUCUCCCUCUCUCAUUCCCAGUGUCUGCUUCACUGUCAACCUUUCCCCACUCUCCUCCUCACCACCUCUCUCUGUCACUCACUUUCUCUUAUCCGUCUCUGAAAGUCUCCUCUCCCCUGGCGUCCAUAGGGAAAUAGAGGUGGGGAAAAUCUGUUCUCGCAGUCUGGCUGGCGGAGGCAGAGACAGAGUUAGAGGCAGAUGCAAGCUAAUCGCCUCAGCUGUUUUCCAGGCCAGUAUGUCUGCCUCUAGAGGAAGCCUGAUUUACACACCAGACCAUACAUUUGUGCUGACAUGUACUGAUGUUUGUGCAGAUUGUUAAAAUGAUGUAGAUCGAUAUACCUGUGCCUAUAAUACCACAUGUAUGUAUACAAUGUAAAGGUUCGCCUAUAUUGUUGACAACAUGCAGGUAGCUAACAUGAUUUAGACUUCUUGUCAUGUGUAUUCAGCUAUCCAGUGCUGCCAACAACUCGUCAGUUGCUGACUGUUUGUGGGUAUAUACUGUGGUGUCACUGUGUGUACAAUGGGUGCUGUAUAAAGCACAAAAGGCCAUUGUAUCCAAAACCAAGUUUGCUGAGUUUUCACUGUUUAUACAGUAUUUUCAUGGGCCAGGGUUCAAACUAAUGUUAUUUCUUUUCCACACUUUUCCUGGCAGAGGAAGCUCUCUCCCUCUGACACAUACACACACCUCAACAAACAUGCACGCACACAACCACACACACACCUGGAGCCUAAACUGCUUUGGGUUGUGAAGAGGUAACAACAUAUAAACAACAGCAUGUGGAUUUUGUAUACAAGCUGCAAGCAUAAUACAGACAAAUCCAAGCUUGCAUACAAAUUCAUUGCUAGACCUGGCAAGCCUUUACAUGAGCUUUCUGAUGCUUAAUAUAGAGUGAGAGGAGAAGCCUGUCAGCAGUGGAGCGACUCAAGUACCCCGUUGCCUCUGCAUUCAUGACAUCAUCACUGUCCCAAAAUUCCUGCCUUUGCCCACUGCUCUAAAUAGAUGAGAUGGAUCCUCACAUUGUCUAAAACUGGAGCAAGAAGUGGUUAAAGUCCUUUGUAAAUCCUCUAUAUGAUGAAGUCAUAAGCAGUUGUGUGUGUUUUCAGCAGGUCUGGGUGUUAUUUAUGUUUUAUUCAUGUUAUUUUCAUGUGAUUUGCCAUGCCCAUGAACCCCAGCUUAUGUGUGUCUUUGUGUCCCAUAUAAUUAAAUAGAACACAGUCACAAUGAAAUAGUAAUAUAAUGUGUCUCUAUGGUGUCUUCUCCCCAGGUGCGGGAGCUGCAGACGCGUCUCCAGAGCUCCCAGCCUGCAGGCCUGUCCAGCCCUGGGCGUCUCACCCCCGCCUCCCGCCCCAUCAACCCCAGCACUGGGGAACUCAGCACCAGCAGCAGCAGUAACGAUAUACCUGUGGCCAAGGUAGAACACACACACACACACACACACACACACACACACACACACUAUGACGUGCAUAGUAAGGUACAAAAAAACCCGCAUGUUAUGCAUGUCGAAGUACAUUAAAGGGUUAAGACCUCACACGGUCUUGAGUAAUAGAAUUGAAGAAAUGGAAUAUCGUACAUUCAUGAGGUAAUGCAAUGUCUCUCUGGAAUGGCCAAGGAAAAACAUUUUGUCAUCGUUUACAUUUUUCACUCUCUCUAUCACUUGAAUGACACAUACACACACUAAUCAGCGUACUAGCCUUGGGCUUGUCCAGUCAGAGAGGGACAGUGGUAAUCAGAGGCAACCAUUCGCUCUUCCACUCUCCCGUGUGUGUCCUUGACAUUGAGCCUCAGAGGGAAUACAAUACAUUAGAGCAGUGGACCUUUUCUGAGCCGAGAUCACUUUCUGAGUCAAAAUGAAGGCCGAGAUCUACCGCUCAGAUUUUAUUUUAAUUUUUUACUUGACUUCAAAAACGUAAGCCUAUGCAACAUUAACCUAUUAAAAACAGUUCUGUAGAAAUUAAGUUUGUAGUAGGCUAUAUGCCCAAUACAUUAUGCAAUGUUUGAAUUGCCCUGCCAAUGUUGUUCUUCUCAGACAUUAAAAAAGUAUAUUUCAAAACUUGGUUUACGAUCACACUGGUAAUAGAUCAUCAUUUGUUGUAUUAUUUGUGAGGCACAGCUGAGUGAACAUAAAUUGAAAUAAUGUGCUUUCUUUAUUUUACUGGACUGAUUGUGCCUGCAUCUUAUGGUCAGUCUUAGCAGAGGGAAAGCAUCAGAGGGUCCGCCUCUCCCCGUCGGACAGUGCCUCAGCCCUCCCCGCUCCGCUAUGACCAAAAAGGGGACACCGUCUUCGCGCUGAUGGCGAAACUCGAGUCACACCGCAUUAUUUCUGCCUCAUGCACAAAUUCAUGUUGCUACUCUUAUGACCAGAGAAAAUGAAAUAUUCCUUGAUAUGAAAAAACACAGCCGCUAAUAAUAACAAUGCAAGCCUAUCGAUACACUUUGCUACUCAUUCGUUGAAACUGCAGUGUGAGUGGUUAAGCGCAUUUCAUGGCUUAUAAAAGUGGUAAGUAAAAUGUUUAACAUGAACUCACUCAUAAAAACAGCAGGUCUUUGCUGUAUUCGUUGACAGUCUCUCUUUAGUCAUGGUUUUUGACGUUUUGAAAUCACAGUAUCAACUUCCUUAGCUGUGCGCUCGAGGAAGCUGCAGACAGACACAGUGAUCUGAGCAAUCCGAUUGGCUAGCGGUAGGCUUAUAGGUGCACUUGAUUUGCUCUCGGGGCACGCCGAGUAGGCAGAGCUGGUACCUUCAGACACAUGAAUUUGUUCAAAAUGGGAACACUUCGCCUACCCGGCGCACAGGGCAGCUGAAACAAGUGCACCUACUGCCAACAGAGCGAGACAGAAAAAAGUAGCAAUGUAAGGCUAUAUCGUUGGGUUUUUUAUAGAAAUGUUUCGCAAUCGACUAGGAAUGCCUUGGUGAUCAACCAGUUUGUUGUCUUGUUGCUAGGUGGCAGAGCGGGUGAAGCUGUCUAAAACCAGGUCGGAGUCUUCUUCCACCGAGAGGCCUGUUCUGGGACCAGAGAUCAGCAGCAUCGGGGUAAGGAGCUACUGGAUGCCUAUUCAAUACUGAAGGCUUUGAGGGGGAAGAUGGCAAAGGGUUAAAAUAAAGGAAGAGAUGGAAGUAGGAUAGAGAGAGGGGUAGACAGAGUAAGAGAGAGCGCGACAGUAGGUAGGAGAACAUUUCCCUGUAGCAGCUGGCCGAUGAUAACAGCAUCAGCAGAAGUGUCAGAGAUAGGUACCUCCAGUAUGGUGUGACAGACCUGGUGUAACUCAUACCCCACUGCUCUGCUCCCUACCCUCCCCCUGCCACACACAAAACCCCGUUGAGACUAAAGGUUGACCUGACAACGUCUCCUCGAACAGGGGAACAGGGAGGGGGAAAAAACAACCAACAGACCCAGCUAUAUAGUUUUAUCGCUUUCCUCUUUCAAUCCUCUUCUGAUGCCCUCUUUUCUCUAGUGCCUCCCUCCCUCUCUCCCUUUCUCUCCCUCUCUUUUUCUAUCUCCCUCUCUCCCCUUGGUUUGUGUUCACGUGUGGGUGACGGGAAACCAAUCCUAAUGAUUCCAGGCUUCUCUUUUCCCUGAAAGCUCCGGCCACCAAAAUUCUAAACUUCUCCUCUCAAUCUUUAGCCAGAACCCAUCUGGCCCAAAAUAGACUAGAAUGAGAGUCAGAGGGAAGAGAGAGAAAGAGAGAGGCAGGCUGUUAGUAUUCGUCUGGGACUAGGCUGAGACGGAUUAUGUAAAGGAAUGCAGAGCAGAGUUCAGUCUCUCUCCGUAUACAAUCUCUUGAAAAAUAGUUUGAUCUCAAUAAGACUAACCUGUAUAAUUAAAGGUUAUAAACUCUGUCUGUAUACACUCACUGUGGAUUAAGAGAGUGGAGGAUCACAAAUAAAUGCCCUCAGUCUGUCUGACCCAUUGAAUUCCCAUUGUGUUGUUUUUACAUUGUGAUUUUGGGCUGCACCUCGACUCACAUUGGUUGAAGCGCUGUCUACUCCCCUCCUCCUUAGAUCAAUGUAAAUGUCAGUCUUACCCCCAUGUACCCCUGUUCCUCCUCUCCCAGGUGUCCAGUAACGUGGCGGAGCACCUAGCACACUCCCUCCAGGACUGCUCCAACAUCCAGGAGAUCUUCCAGACCCUAUACUCCCAUGGAUCAGCCAUCUCUGAGAACAAGAUCAGAGAGUUUGAGGUGGAGACGGAGAGACUUAACAGGUGACACUCAAACCAUGUUGCCUGUCACUCAUAGCCCUUAUCUUCAUCUUAUAAUUAAUACUGGUCCAUGUUAUAUUAAAGUAAUGCCACCAUUAAUGCCAAAAUGUAUACACCAAAAUGAAUAAUGCAGGCAUUAGAUUUGGAUUUCUUUGGGAUAAAGAGAAACUUGUUUAAUGUACGGUGCAUUCGGAAAGUAUUCAGACCCCUUGACUUUUUCCACAUUUUGUUACAUUACAGCCUUAUUCUAAAAUUGAUUAAAUAAUUGUUUUCCCUCAUCAAUCUACACACAAUACCCCAUAAUGACAAGGAGAAAACAGGUUUUUAGAAUAUUUUGCAAAUAUAUAAAAAAUGCAUAACAGAAAUACCUUAUUUACAUAAGUAUUCAGACCCUUUGCUAUGAGACUCGAAAUUGAGCUCAGGUGCAUCCUGUUUUCCAUUGAUCAUCCUUGAUGUUUCUACAACUUGAUUGGAGUCCACCUGUGGUAAAUUCAAUUGAUUGGACAUGAUUUGGAAAGGCACACACCUGUCUAAUAUAAGGUCCCACAGUUGACAGUGCAUGUCAGAGCAAAAACCAUCACCAUAAUAUGCGAGUUGCGAAAUCAACGAGGGUCAAGGGUUGGGACGGAGGAAAUGGCGACUGUGCUUGAAUCUGUAAGUGCGGCAAGUGAAGUGUGUGAUAAUGAAUGGAACAUAGUGAAAUCAAAGAAUAGAACAAAAUGAGGAAAGACGAGGACCGGUCCCAUAAUGCAUUUCUUAUUGGACUGCGUUUUUUGGACAAUGAGAUUUAUUUGGGAAAUCCAUUUGUAAUAUCGAGGAUUGUGAAGAAAGCAGAGGGAAAGGUGGAUUCAAUCAAGGUGACUAGAUGCGACCUUGUUUUGGUUAAUUGUGUUGAUGAAGAACAGAAGAAGCGUGCACUGGAUCUGGCAAAAUUGUCCACGUCAGAAUGUAUUGAUCUUCGGAGCAGGGCGCCUGCCAAACGAGUUAUAGCUGGAGUCUCGUUGGAUAUACACUACCGGUCAAACAUUUUAGAACACCUAUUCAUUCAAGGGUUUUUCUUUAUUUUUACUAUUUUCUACAUUGUAGAAUAAUAGUGACGACAUCAAAACUAUGAAAUAAGAUACGGAAUCAUGUGUUAAACAAAUCAAAAUAUAUUUUAUAUUUGAGAUUCUUCAAAUAGCCACCCUUUGCCUUGAGGACAGUUUUGCACACUCUUGGCAUUCUCUCAACCAGCUUCAUGAGGUGGUCACCUGGAAUGCAUUUCAAUUAACAGGUGUGCUUUCUUAAAAGUUACUUUGUGGAAUUUCUUUCCUUAAUACGUUUGAGCCAAUCAGUUGGGUUGUGACAAGGUAGGGGGGGUAUACAGAAGAUAGUCCUAUUUGGUAAAAGACCAAGUCCAUAUUAUGGCAAGAACAGCUCAAAUAAGCAAAGAGAAACGGCAGUCCAUCAUUACUUUAAGACAUGAAAGUCAGUCAAUCCGGAACAUUUCAAUGACUUUGAAAGUUUCUUCAAGUGUAGUCGCAAAAACCAUCAAUUGCUAUGAUGAAACUGGCUCUCAUGAGGACCGCCACAGGAAUGGAAGACCUAGAGUUACCUCUGCUGCAGAGGAUAAGUUCAUCAGAGCUACCAGCCUCAAAAAUUGCAGCCCAAAUAAAUGCUUCACAGAGUUCAAGUAACAGACACAUCUCAACACCAACUGUUCAGAGGUGACACUGUGAAUCAGGCCUUCAUGGCCGCAAAGAAACGACUUGCUUGGGCCAAGAAACACGAGCAAUGGAAAUUUGUCCUUUGGUCUGGAGUCCAAAUUUGAGUUUCUUGGUUCCAACCGCCGUGUCUUUGCGAGAUGCGGUGUGGGGGAACGGAUGAUCUCUGCAUGUGUAUUUCCCACCGUAAAGCAUGGAGGAAGAGGUGUUAUGGUGUGAGGGUGCUUUGCUGGUGACACUGUCUGUGAUUUAUUUAGAAUUCAAGGCACACUUAACCAGCAUGGCUACCACAGCAUUUUGCAGCUAUACGCCAUCCCAUCUAGUUUGGGCUUAUCAUUUGGUUUUCAACAGGACAAUGACCCAACACACCUCCAGGCUGUGUAAGGGCUAUUUGACCAAGAAGGAGAGUGAUGGAGUGCUGCAUCAGAUGACCUGGCCUCCACAAUCCCCCGACCUCAACCAAAUUGAGAUGGUUUGGGAUGAGUUGGACCGCAGAGUGUAGGAAAAGCUGCCAACAAGUGCUGAGCAUAUGUGGGAACUCCUUCAAGACUGUUGGAAAAGCAUUCCAGGUGAAGCUGGUUGAGAGAAUGCCAAGAGUGUGCAAAGCUGUCAUCAAUGCAAAGGGUGGCUAUUUGAAGAAUUUCAAAUAUAAAAUAUAUUUUGGUUUGUUUAACACGUUUUUGGUUACUACAUGAUUCCAAAUGUGUUAUUUCAUAGUUUUGAUGUCUUCACUAUUAUUCUACAAUGUAGAAAAUAGUAAAAAUAAAGAAAAACGCUGGAAUGACUAGGUGUUCAAAUUUUAUUUGACUGGUAGUGUAGAUGAUGAGUACCUUAGUCAGAAAAUCCCAGGAGUGGUCAGUGCAUGUCGCCUGACCUGUAUGGUAAAUGGAAGGAAGGGAAAAAGCCUGUCGAUGUUUUUGUUGUUUGAGGAGACUCUUCCUGAAUAUGUGAAGCUUGGUAUUUGAGGUGAGAGCAUUUGUGUCCAAACCAUUACAGUGUGGAAAUUGUAAUGGAUAUGGUCACGUGUCAAAUGUUUGAAGAUGGAAGAAGUAUGGUAUUGAAGAAUCUGAAUUGAAAAUGUUGCAACUGUGGUGAGGAUCAUACUCCGGACUACCUUGAGUGCCCUGUUAGGGUGAAGGAGGACGAGGCGUCAAGGAUCAGGGCUGCACAGCGUAUCUCCUAUGUGGAGGCGGUGAAGAGAGUCGAAGGGGCAAGAGGCAACCGUGUUGAAGAUAUGGCGGUGGAUGCAUUUCAACCAGUUGCUAGUGUUCUAAGUCAAUCAGGUGAUCUGGAUACACUCAUUGUGAAGAAGGUGGAUUUUGUGGCAGUUAUAACCACAGUGAUUAAUUGUACAGCACAUGCGGUCGAAGGAAUUGUCCGUAGAGCUCCGAGACAGGAUCGUGUCAAUGCACAGAUCUGGGGAAGGGUACCAAAACAUUUCUGCAGCAUUGACAGUCCCCCAAGAACACAGUGGCCUCCAUCAUACUUAAAUGGAAGAAGCUUGGAACCACCAAGACUCUUCCUAGAGCUGGCUGCCCGGCCAAACUGAGCAAUCAGGGGAGAAGGGUCUUGCCAGCUGGUCAGCGCAUGCUCUGAGUACUCGUCCUGGUAAUCCGUCUGGCUGCGCGGCCUUGUAAAUGUUAACCUGUUUAAAGUUCUUACUCACAUCGGCUACUGAGAGCGAGAUCAGACAGUCGUCCGGAACAACUGGGGCUCUCAUGCAUGGUUCAGUUUUGCUUGCCUAGAAGUGAGCAUUGAAGGCAUUUACAGUGCAUUCGGAAAGUAUUCAGACCCCUCGACUUUUUCCACAUUUUGUUACGUUACAGCCUUAUUCUAAAUCAAUCUACACACAAUACCCCAUAAUGACAAAGCGAAAACAGAAAUACCUUAUUUACAUAAGUAUUCAGACCCUUUGCUAUGAGACUCAAAAUUGUGCUCAGGUGCAUCCUGUUUCCAUUGAUCAUCCUUGAGAUGUUUCUACAACUUGAUUGGAGUCCACCUGUGGUAAAUUCAGUUCUGCAGCAUUGAAGGUCCCCAGGAACACAGUGGCCUCCAUCAUUCUUAAAUGGAAGAAGUUUGGAACCACCUUGGUCAGGGAGGUGACCAAAAACCCGAUGGUCACUCUGACAAAGCUCCAGAGUUCUUCUGUGGAGAUGGGAGAACCUUCCAGAAGGACAACCAUCUCUGCAUCACUCCACCAAUCUGGCCUUUAAGGUAGAGUGGCAAGAUGGAAGCAACUCCUCAGUAAAAGGCACAUGACAGCCCACAUUGAUUUUGCCAAAAUGCACCUAAAGAGCUCUCAACCAUGAGAAACAAGAUUCUCUUGUCUGAUGAAACCAAGAUUGAACUCUUUGACCUGAAUGCCAAGCAUCACAUCUGGAGGAAACCUGGCACCAUCCCUACGGUGAAGCAUGGUGAUGGCAGCUGUUUUUCAGCGGCAGGGACUGGGAGACUAGUCAAGAUCGAGUCAAAUAUGAACGGAGCAAAGUACAGAGAGAUCCUUGAAGAAUGCUCAGGACCUCAGACUGGGGCAAAGGUUCACUUUCCAACAGGACAACGACCCUAAGCACACAUCCAAGACAAUGCAGGAGUGGCUUCGGGACAUGUCUCUGAAUGUCCUUGAGUGGCCCAGCCAGAGCCCGGACUUGAACCCGAUCUAACAUCUCUGGAGAGACCUGAAAAUAGCCGUGCAGCGACGCUCCCCAUCCAACCUGACAGAGCUUGAGAGGAUCUGCAGAGAAGAAUGGGAGAAACUCCCCAAAUACAGGUGUGCCAAGCUUGUAGCGUCAUACCGAAGAAGACUUGAGGCUGUAAUCGCUGCUAAAGGUGCUUCAACAAAGUACUGAGUAUAGGGUCUGAAUACUUAUGUAAAUGUGAUGUUUAAAUUUUGUAAUUUUUUUUAUAAACCUGUUUUUGCUUUGUCAUUAUGGGAUAUUGUGUGAAGAUUGAUGAGGAUUAUUAUUAGUUUUGAAAUCCAUUUGAGUAAGGCUGUAACGUAACAAAGUGGAAAGUCAAGGGGUCUGAAUACUUUACGAAUGCACUGUAUGUAAGUUUACUUCAAAAAUAUACACAAAUUUACUUUGGAUUGAUGUAGGAUAGAAAAUGCCAUGUUUAAAAUGUAAACUGUAGUAUUGACAUCCCCCUGGCCUACACUGUGGUCUAGAGAUUCACACUAGAGGUACUUUUCCACCAGCGUGUCUUCAUAAAGGGCCCUUUAAGAAAGCCCCAGCCUUAGCCCGAUCCAAUGAAUGAACCGAUUCAGGCACAGGUUCAAUGUUUGUGUUCUAACAUGCAAGUGAAUUUAUAUAAAUCCAGUUUUAUUCCCACUCCCUCUUUUCCUCGAAAAACUCCCCUCAGAAGUCUGUUCCAAUCAAAUAAAGUAGUAACUCUUCAAACGGUGUACUUUAGGAUCUUUGGGGAGAUUUCAGACUUAGUGAGUGAUGUUAUGACGUUUCCUCAUAAUACUAACUAGUUGGAAGUGAGAUGUGGAGAUCUGAGUGUUCUCAGUAGGAGGGCUUAAGUCGUAAUCCGUUGUAAUUACUGUGCGUUUUAUCACUUCAUUCCAGUCAGCGCUUCAGACUGAGUAGACAUUUAAAGCAGAUGGGUUUUAAAUGUUGUGAAACACUGCUUAAACAGUUCUGUAGGUCUGUCUCUCAGGCCAAAUCGAAUGUAACGAUCGCGGUGAUUGUUCAGUUUGUAUUUUCGAACAAAGAACACAUAACGAUCACUCUUUUUUAGGCUUAUCCAAAUGUAUAAGUACACUUAAAGGGAUAGUUCACCUUAAAAUCUAACCAUUUUCAUACCUCAUAAGUGAGUCAAUCCAAAAUGAAGGGGAAAGAUGGGCACCCGGUAACCUGUGACAACUUAGAUUUUGGGGUGCACUAUCGCUUAAAGGUUGUUAUUUGGGCCAUGUUUUUAUGGGAUGUCUAACGACUAGGCUGCGGACACACCCUCUUUUCUCUUCAUUAAGCCCUGAGUGCAUUAUUGACGUCCUUAAUUAGAUGGUUAGUUAGGUGUCAUUAGCUACUCUCAUAUAAUCUACCCAUAAAACCAAGGCCAUUUGAGUAAGCGAGAGGAGGGUGGCUAUAGUUGCACCGUCCGUUUGUCCCCCAACGCUCCCUUUACUGCAAUAGCUGAUGAGCGAUCUGGCACAAAAUGACUGCCGUGAAUCACCCAGGUGGGUGCUUUAAAUCGCUGGUGGAUGGGUGAGUUGCAAUUUGAGGUGCUUUGAGAUAUAACACUUUAUACAGUAAAUGUAACCGAUAAUGAUGACUAAUGUGUGUGUUCCAGCCGCAUCGAGCACCUGAAGUCUCAGAACGACCUGUUAACCAUCACGUUGGAGGAGUGUAAGGGCAACGCAGAGAGGAUGAGCAUGCUGGUAGGCAAAUAUGAGUCCAACGCUACCGCACUACGACUGGCACUGCAGUACAGGUACACACACGCGCACACACACACACAAAGCAAGGCCUAACCUAAUGGCGCAUGCAAAAUACAUAUUACACACAUUCCCACACUCAUGCUUGAAUCCAAAUGUCCUCAUCCACUUCUAUGGCCAAGCUUAAUUUGAGCCUUGCUUAGCUAACAAAAACCUUAUCAAGCUGUAACCGUCAGAGCCAUGCUAAUGCUACCUCAUUAGAAGCCUCUUCCGGUAAUUAUAAUUAGGCUGCUCUCGCUGAGGUCCUCUUUUGUAAAUUUGCAUUAGCUAGCUCUCAUUUGCAUCUCAUUAGUAUUCUCAUCCCCUUGGCCAAUCAAGGGGUCCGUGUGUUUGUGUACGAGCCUUGGGCCCUCUCUGAUAAGGUGCCCUGAAGGUGCCCAUUCAGCAAAGCUGACGCAAAUGAGAAAUGAAAGGAAAAACCCAUCUAAUCUGAGUGGUAUUUAUAAUUAGCAUAAUGCUAAUAAUCCAACCAUGCUUAUUCUGUGGUGAUGUUAUGAGAUGCAGAAAAGUUCUGUUUUCAACCCUUUUCUUGUAUGGCAAGAUUUAGGCAGACUUUCUGCAAAAGGCCAAACUCAAAUGGAAAUAAGUAGCAUUUUUAGCUGUUGAUAUUGGGUGAAUGUUAUGUUGUGGUGGCAUGAUGUGGUAAUGUUACGUGUGUUUCUCAUAGCAUUCUGACAUAGCAUGUCUCAGGAAGAUAGUACUCACGUUGCCUCAUCAAAGCUUAGCUAUGAGCAGAUGAGUAAACUGAUACAAAGAUGACAGACACCGAAAUAGAAACGUUAUAGCCAUAAAAUAUAAUUAUUUGUCUUGCCCAUUACACCAGAGUACACAACACACUUGAAUAGCCCUCAAAUGCAUUGUUAAUAUCACACCAGGUACAUUACACACACACAUUCAAUGUAUAUACUUCCCCCUGUAGCCCGGAUGUCAGCGCUUUGAUUGAAUUCAGCCCCACCGAGUGUGAUGUCAGCGAGGCCAUCCCAUUGGGCCAUUUGGGAAGAGUGUGUGUGCACGCAUGUGCGCGAGAGAGUUGGGGUGUGUGUGUGUGUGUGUGUGUAAUUUAAAACUAUAAUCAUAAAAUAAAACAGAGUGGAACACUGUGGAGUGUAUGUGUAUUCUGGUGGUGAUGUUGACACGCCACACACGCUAUAAUGACUGUAGUUAAAUAGAAAUCUGCACCUCUCAGCCAUGUUCCUUUUGAACGCUUGAUGAAAGUGCAGCACAGAUAAGUGGACGCGAGAGGCCUCUGCAUUCCUCCACUAAGAGUGUGUGCGUCUGUGAGAAAGAGAGAGUUAAUGUGUGUUAUCAUUCAGUAGUUGAGUAGUGCAAAUAGGUUUAGCUGACAUGUUUGUCUAUGGGUUCUUUGUCAAUCAGUGAUCAGGGGCCUAUGACAUACUUUAUAAGUGUGUGUUUGUUAACCAAAAUAAUAUGUUUUAUUGUCACAUACACCGGAUAGGUGCAAUGAAAUGUGUUGUUUUACAGGGUCAGCCAUAGAAGUACGGUGCCACUGGAGUAAAUUAGGGUUAAGUGCCUUGCUCAAGGGCACAUCGACAGACUUUUCACCUUGUCGGCUCGUGUGUGUGUGUUCUUUCUCUCAGUGAACAGUGUAUAGAGGCCUAUGAACUGCUGUUGGCGCUGGCGGAGAGUGAACAGAGCCUGGUACUGGGCCAGUUCAGAGCUGCAGGAGUGGGGACUGUAGGUGAGUAACACACCCACACACACUCUUCGUGCCCACACAGGCUUGUUUGUUCUUUGAUCAGUGCGGAUUUGUUCCUUCCAACAUUGAGACCCACAGUUGAACUCCAACCAAUCAAAGCAAAGAGGCCACCUCUCAAAAAUACACACUUUCAAUCUAUUACUCAUUAUAUACUCUUUCAUAAAUUGCUACACUCUCACUCAUUUAAUUCCUUUACAAACCUCACCUCCAUCACUCCUUCUGUUCUCUCUUCACUUCACUUCUUCAUCCUCCCAUCACAAACUUUAAUCUCAAACUAAAUAAAUAUAAAGAUACAUCCAUUUAAAACAUUGGAGGCCCCUUACACUUCAGUGUUGUGCUGCAAAAAUUCUAGCAAAGUGCAUAGCGCUUACAAUUAAAAAGGUAUUGUCGGAUAUUAUUAAUCCUAAUCAGACAGGUUUUUUACAUGGACGAUACAUUGGAGAUAAUAUAAGACAAGUACUGGAAACAAUAGAACACUAUGAAAAAUCUGGGAAACCAGGCCUGGUAUUCAUAGCUGACUUAAAGGCUUUUGAAAAACUACGACUGGAAUUUAUAUAUAAAUGCCUCUCACUUUCAGGUUAUGAAAUAAUCUCCAAAAUAUCGCUAUUUUUAAAACAAGCCAUAGAAAGUUGGUUGCAAUUUCAGUUUAAUCCACCAGAAAAGACAGAACAAAUAUUAUAACAAAUAUUAUGGUUAAACUUAAAUAUACCAAUCAUUGAUUAAAAAAAUAAAUAUUUUUGGAAUACAGUGGGGGAAAAAAGUAUUUAGUCAGCCACCAAUUGUGCAAGUUCUCCCACUUCAAAAGAUGAGAGAGGCCUGUAAUUUUCAUCAUACGUACACGUCAACUAUGACAGACAAAUUGAGUAUUUCUUUUCCUGAAAAUCACAUUGUAGGAUUUUUAAUGAAUUUAUUUGCAAAUUAUGGUGGAAAAUAAGUAUUUGGUCACCUACAAACAAGCAAGAUUUCUGGCUCUCACAGACCUGUAACUUCUUCUUUAAGAGGCUCCUCUGUCCUCCACUCGUUACCUGUAUUAAUGGCACCUGUUUGAACUUGUUAUCAGUAUAAAAGACACCUGUCCACAACCUCAAACAGUCACACUCCAAACUCCACUAUGGCCAAGACCAAAGAGCUGUCAAAGGACACCAGAAACAAAAUUGUAGACCUGCACCAGGCUGGGAAGACUGCAUCUGCAAUAGUUAAGCAGCUUGGUUUGAAGAAAUCAACUGUGGGAGCAAUUAUUAGGAAAUGGCAGACAUACAAGACCACUGAUAAUCUCCCUCGAUCUGGGGCUCCACGCAAGAUCUCACCCCGUGGGGUCAAAAUGAUCACAAGAACGGUGAGCAAAAAUCCCAGAACCACACGGGGGGACCUAGUGAAUGACCUGCAGAGAGCUGGAACCAAAGUAACAAAGCCUACCAUCAGUAACACACUACGCCGCCAGGGACUCAAAUCCUGCAGUGCCAGACGUGUCCCCUUGCUUAAGCCAGUACAUGUCCAGGCCCGUCUGAAGUUUGCUAGAGCGCAUUUGGAUGAUCCAGAAGAGGAUUGGGAGAAUGUCAUAUGGUCAGAUGAAACCAAAAUAUAACUUUUUGGUAAAAACUCAACUCGUCGUGUUUGGAGGACAAAGAAUGCUGAGUUGCAUCCAAAGAACACCAUACCUACUGUGAAGCAUGGGGGUGGAAACAUCAUGCUUUGGGGCUGUUUUUCUGCAAAGGGACCAGGACGACUGAUCCGUGUAAAGGAAAGAAUGAAUGGGGCCAUGCAUCGUGAGAAUUUGAGUGAAAACCACCUUCCAUCAGCAAGGGCAUUGAAGAUGAAAUGUGGCUGGGUCUUUCAGCAUGACAAUGAUCCCAAACACACCGCCUGGGCAACGAAGGAGUGGCUUCGUAAGAAGCAUUUCAAGGUCCUGGAGUGGCCUAGCCAGUCUCCAGAUCUCAACCCCAUAGAAAAUCUUUGGAGGGAGUUGAAAGUCUGUGUUGCCCAGCGACAGCCCCAAAACAUCACUGCUCUAGAGGAGAUCUGCAUGGAGGAAUGGGCCAAAAUACCAGCAACAGUGUGUGAAAACCUUGUGAAGGACUUAUAGAAAACGUUUGACCUGUGUCAUUGCCAACAAAGGGUAUAUAACAAAGUAUUGAGAAACUUUUGUUAUUGACCAAAUACUUAUUUUCCACCAUAAUUUGCAAAUAAAUUCAUAAAAAAUCCUACAAUGUGAUUUUCUUCUCAUUUUGUCUGUCAUAGUUGACGUGUACCUAUGAUGAAAAUUACAGGCCUCUCUCAUCUUUUUAAGUGGGAGAACUUGCACAAUUGGUGGCUGACUAAAUACUUUUUUCCCCCACUGUAAAAUAAAAAGUAUAAUCUUUGUAAAUGAUAUCAUAAAUAGGACUGGUGGAGUUAAGUCACACAUGCAGCUAACAAAAAUAUAUGGAAAUGUCUGCUCUACUCAAAAUGACAACCAACUAAUUGCAGCAUUACCGCAGAAAUGGAAGAGGCAAGUGGAAGGGGGAGAAAGUAAGGAUAUUGUCUGUCGGUCUAAGGCACUGCAUCUCAGUGCUUGAGGCGUCACUACAGACCCCCUGGUUCGAUUCCAGGCUGUAUCACAACCGGCCGUGAUUGGGAGUCCCAUAGGGCGGCACACAAUUGGCCUAGCGUCGUCCAGGUUUGGCCGGUGUAGGCCGUCAUUGGAAAUAAGAAUUUGUUCUUAACUGACUUGCCUAGUUAAAUAAAGGUAAAAUAAAAAAUUAAUUAAAGAUCAAAAUUGGCUAAAGAAAAUUAUGAUAAAUAAAAAAGUACAACAGUUUCAUUUAAGGACUAAAAAUUUUUACAGCUGUGCCAUAUAGAUUGGGGAAAUAAUUGGGAAGAGAUUUUCGAUGUACCGAUUCCAUGGCACAUGGUUUAUGAACUGAUACACAAAACAAAGCUGGAUUCAACACUUAUUUUUUCAAUGUAAAUUAUUACACAAAAUUCUUGCAACCAAUAUAAUUUGUUAUAUAUGGGGGCUACAACCAUCCCAGCUCUGCAGAUUUUGCUGCGAAUAGACACUCAUUAGAUCAUUUGUUUUGGUACUGUCCAUAUGUAGCUUGUUUUUGGUCGCAGGUUCAGGAAUGGCUGAAGAAUUGCAACAAUCUAAACACAAUAAUACCCCAUUUUUUAAUUUUUUUAUUUCACCUUUAUUUAACCAGGUAAACCAGUUGAGAACAAGUUCUCAUUUACAACUGCGACCUGGCCAAGAUAAAGCAAAGCAGUGCGAUAAAAACAACAACACAGAGUUACAUAUGGGGUAAAACAAAACAAAGUCAAAAAUACAACAGAAAUACAUAUAAUAUACAGUGUGCAAAUUUAGCAAGUUAUGGAGGUAAGGCAAUAAAAUAGGCUAUAGUGCAAAAUAAUUACAAUUAGUAUUAACACUGGAAUGAUAUAUGUGCAAGAGAUGAUGUGCAAAUAGAGAUACUGGGGUACAAAUGAGCAAAAUAAAUAACAAUAUAGGGAUGAGGUAGUUGGGCGGGCUAAUUUCAGAUGGGCUGUGUACAGGUGCAGUGAUCGGUAAGGUGCUCUGACAACUGAUGCUUAAAGUUAGUGAGGGAGAUAAGUGUCUCCAGCUUCAGAGAUUUUUGCAAUUUGUUCCAGUCAUUGGCAGCAGAGAACUGGAAGGAAUUGCGGCCAAAGGAGGUGUUGGCUUUGGGGAUGACCAGUGAGAUAUACCCGCUGGAGCGCAGACUACGGGUGGGUGUUGCUAUGGUGACCAAUGAGCUAAGAUAAGGCGGGGAUUUGCCUAGCAGUGAUUUAUAGAUGGCCUGGAGCCAGUGCGUUUGGCGACGAAUAUGUAGUGAGGACCAGCCAACAAGAGCGUACAGGUCACAGUGGUGGGUAUUAUAUGGGGCUUUGGAGACAAAACGGAUGGCACUGUGAUAGACUACAUCCAAUUUGCUGAGUAGAGUGUUGGAGGCUAUUUUGUAAAUGACAUCGCCGAAGUCAAGGAUCGGUAGGAUAGUCAGUUUUACGAGGGCAUGUUUGGCAGCAUGAGUGAAGGAGGCUUUGUUGCGAAAUAGGAAACCGAUUCUAGAUUUAACUUUGGAUUGGAGAUUCUUAAUGUGAGUCUGGAAGGAGAGUUUACAGUCUAACCAGACACCUAGAUAUUUGUAGUUGUCCACAUACUCUAGGUCAGACCCGUCGAACCUGUCCCAUAAUGUCAAAGCAAAAUUGAAAUAUCAAAUUUACUUAAGUAUUCAGACCCUUUACUCAGUAAUUUGUUGAAGCACCAAAGGCAGCGAUUACAGCCUCAAUUCUUCUUGGUUAUGAAGCUACAAGCUUGGCACACCUGUAUUUGGGGAGUUCCUCCCAUUCUUCUCUGCAGAUCCUAUCAAGCUCUGUCAGGUUGGAUGGGGAGUGUUGCUGCACAGCUAUUUUCAGGUCUCUCCAGAGAUGUUCGAUCAGGUUCAAAUCCGGGCUCUGGCUGGGCCACUCCAGGACAUUCAGAGACUUGUCCUGAAGCCACUCCUGCGUUGUCUUGGCUGUGUGCUUAGGGUCGUUGUCCUGUUGGAAGGUGAACUUUCGCCCCAGUCUGAGGUCCGCUCUGGAGCAGGUUUUUAUCAAGGAUCUCUAUGUACUUUGCUCCGUUCAUCUUUCCUCGACACUGACUAGUCUCCCAGUCCCUGCCGCUGAAAAACAUCCCCACAGCAUGAUGCUGCCACCAUCAUGCUUCACCGUAGGGAUGGUGCCAGGUUUCCUCCAGACGUGACACUUGGCAUUCAGCCCAAAGAGUUCAAUCUUGGUUUCAUCAGACCAGAGAAUCUUGUUUCUCAUGGUCUGAGUGUCUUUAGGUGCCUUUUGGCAAACUCCAAGCGGGCUGUCAUGUGCCUUUUUCCAAGUGGGCUGUCAUGUGCCUUUUAUGGUCCUCUGUAGCUCAGCUGGUAGAGCACGGCGCUUGUAACGCCAAGGUAGUGGGUUCGAUCCCCGGGACCACCCAUACACCAAAAAGCGUCUGCUAAAUGGCAUGUUAUUAUAUUAUUAUUACUGAGGAGUGGCUUCCAUCUGGCCACUCGACCAUAAAGGCCUGAUUGGUAGAGUGCUGCAGAGAUGGUUGUCUUUCUGGAAGGUUCUCCCAUCUCCACAGAGGAACUCUGGAGCUCUGUCAGAGUGACAAUCGGGUUCUUGGUCACCUCCCUGACCAACGCCCUUCUCCCCUGAUUGCUCAGUUUGGCCAUGCGGCCAGCUCUAGGAAGAGUAUUGGUGGUUCCAAACUUCUUCCAUCUAAGAAUGGAGGCCACUGUGUUCUUGGGGACUUUCAAUGUUGCAGAAUUUUUUUUUGUUUCCUUCGACACAAUCCUGUCUCGGAGCUCUACGGACAAUUCCUUCGACCUCAUGGCUUAGUUUUUGCUCUGACAUGCACUGUGUCGUUACGUGACUUGCAUUAAUGUGAUGACUGUUAUUUAUCUAAUCAACUAACAAUGUUUAAUUGUCACUCGAUUAAAUGAAUAAUGUAACAAUUAACUCAUUAGGAAUUUCGGCACCACUGAAGAAGUUGUUUAACGAGUUACCAUCUCCCGAAAUAAACUCUUAGAAGAUAUGUUAUAUAUCAAUAACAGUCACUUAUUAAAUCAUUACCUCAUCAGUCUCAUAGUCCUUGAACCUGCAAUAACCCUAACCUUAUUGAUGAAUCAGCAAUACACAAAUUGGCUUAAUUAUUUAUUUACUAACUAACUAAAUAAUAACACAGAAUACAAACAUGCACACUGUAUAGGUUACUGAUUACAUUUACAUUACAUUUUAGUCAUUUAGCAGACGCUCUUAUCCAGAGCGACUUACAGUUAGUGAAUACAUAUUUUUUUAUACUGGCCCCCCGUGGGUAUCGAACCCACAACCCUGGCGUUGCAAACGCCAUGCUCUAUCAACUGAGCUACAUCCCUGCCGGCCAUUCCCUCCCCUACCCUGGACGACUUGUGCGCCGCCCAUGAGUCUCCCGGUCGCGGCUGGCUGCGACAGAGCCUGGAUUCGAACCAGGAUCUAGUGGCACAGUUAGCACUGCGAUGCAGUGCCUUAGACCACUGCGCCACUAACGUAAUACAAUGAAAACAGGUCCCUAGUUGACUGGACUAACAAUAGCAUGACUGCUUGGUUACGCAUAGCUGUCCUUGAUCGUCGUCUCUCUGUUGAAUCACUUUCUCAAAAACCACUUCGGUGAGACUCGGCUUGUCUUCGAAUGGAGUGUUCGUUAGAAUAGAUACUUCAGAUGUACCAACGGUUGUCGGAGAGGGAUUGUCCUUCACAACUCUUUAGUGAAAGUUCUAGACACUUUACAUGUACAGCUGCAGACUGAUAUGAUAAGGUCUAGUGCGUGGUCUUCUCGUGUAGAGAUUGAGAGUUUCAGAGUUUCUCCAUUUCAAACGUAUGGACUACCGUCUCACGUUUUCUGGUCUGUAGACUGUCAACCAUUUUAAGCCGUGUAGCCACAGCUCCACACUUCCUGGUCUAAAUGUACAUUCAGUUCCCAAGGCUUUUAUCCUCGGGUAAAAAGGGGCGUUCCAUCACGCCAAUCCAAUGUCUGUGCUGACUUGGGCGUGGUUACUGACUGGCAAAAGUUUAUAUGAAAAACAAUUAUCUAAUUUAGAAGGCUAAAAUCACAUUGCUAUCUUACAAACAUAUUCUCAUACUUAAUCAUAUAUUCUAUACAACAUUUAUAUGCAAACCUGAUAACUGAAAUGUGUACACUUUCAGAGAUAGUUAUUUAGUAAUACCAUUCUUAAUGACAUCCCAAAACAAUAAACAAUAUGACACGAUUAUUCUUUAGAUCCCCACCGACCGUUCCAAACAUUUGGAUCUCAACAGCAACGUUUCAAUGUCCAAUCUUUUGAUAUUAGAGUUUUUAGGCGGCAAGAGUCUCUCUGCAACAAAGAUAUUUCUUUCUUUCCAUACUAUAGACCAAAAGGAGUCCUUUUCUGAAAACUAUUUAUGACCGGCUUUUAAGUCAUAAAACCGGCCCAACUCCACCUUCUCCUCUACUGUGGGAGAGAAGGGGGGGGUGGGGUAUGGCUAUCUGUCAGCCAAUUGCAAAGCUGAUCUGGCACCUUUGAUCCUCACCAAGGAGAGAGUCAUGACAACUGUCUACUGUGGGACCUUAUAUAGAAAGGUAUGUGCCUUUCCAAAUCAUGUCCAAUCAAUUGAAUUUACCACAGGUGCACUCCAAUCAAGUUGUAGAAACAUCUCAAGGAUGAUCAAUGGAAACAGGAUGCACCUGAGCUCAACUUCGAGUCUCAUAGCAAAGGGUCUGAAUACUUAUGUAAAUAAGGUAUUUCAGUUUUUUAUUUUAAUAAUUUUGCAAAAAUGUAUAUAAACCUGUUUUCACUUUGGCAUUAUGGGGUAUUGUGUGUAGAUUGCUGAGGUAUUUUUAUUUAUUUAAUCCAUUUUAGAAUAAGGCUGUAACAAAAUGUGGGAAAAGUCAAGGGGUCUGAAUACUUUCCGAAGGCACUGUGUGUAUGUGUGUGUGUGUGUGUGUAUAUAUAUAUAUAUAUAUAUAUAUAUAUAUAUAUAUAUAUAUAUAUAUAUAUAUAUAUAUAUAUAUAUAUAUAUAUAUAUAUAUAUAUAUAUAUAUAUAUAUACACACACACACACACAGUACCAGUCAAAAGUUUGGACACACCUACUCAUUCCAGGGUUUUUCUUUAUUUUGACUAUUUUCUACAUUGUAGAACAAUAGUGAAGACAUCAAAACUAUGAAAUAACACAUAUGGAAUCAUGUAGUAACCAAAAAAGUGUUAGACAAAAUAUAUUUUAUAUUUGAGAUUCUUCAAAGUAGCCACCCUUUGCCUUGAUGACAGCUUUGCACACCCUUGGCAUUCUCUCAACCAGCUUCAUGAGGUAGUCACCUGGAAUGCUUUUCAAUUAACAGGUGUGCCUUGUUAAAAGUUCAGAGUUCAAGUAACAGACAUCUCAACAUCAACUGUUCAGAGGAGAAUGCAUGUAUUAGGCCUUCAUGGUCGGAUUGCUGUUUACUAUUUUCUACCUUGUAGAAUAAUAGUGAAGACAUCAUUCCAGCUUCACAUGGAUUGCUUUACCAACAGUCUUGAAGGAGUUCCCACAUGCUGAGCACUUGUUGGCUGCUUUUCCUUCACUCUGAGGUCCAACUCAUCCCAAACAUUUCAAUUGGUUCGAGUUCGGGUGAUUGUGGAGGCCAGGUCAUCUGAUGCAUCACUCUCCUUCUUGGUAAAAUAGCCCUUACACAGCCUGAAGGUGUUUUGGGUCAUUGUCCUUUUGAAAAACGUUAGUUCCACUAAGCCCAAACCAGAUGGGAUGGUGUAUCGCUGCAGAAUGCUGUGGGUAGCCAUGCUGGUUAAGUGUGCCUUGAAAUCUAAAUAAAUCACAGACAGUGUCACCAGCAAAGCACCCCACACCAUAACAACUCCUCCUCCAUGCUUCACGUAGGGAACUACACAUGCGGAGAUCAUCCGUUCACCUACACUGCGUCUCACAAAGACACGGCGGUUGGAACCAAAAAUCCCUAAUUUGGACACAUCAGACCAAAGGACAGAUUUCCACCCGUCUAAUGUCCAUUGCUCGUGUUUCUUGGCCCAAGCAAGUCUCUUAUUAUUAUUGGUGUCUUUUAGUAGUAGUUUCUUUGCAGCAAUUGAUCAUGAAGGCCUGAUUCAUGCAGUCUCCUCUGAACAGUUGAUGUGAGAUGUGUCUGUUACUUGAACUCUCAAGCAUUUAUUUGGGCUGCAAUUUGAGGCUGGUAACUCUAAUGAACUUAUCCUCUGCAGCAGAGGUAACUCUGGGUCAUCCAUUCAUGUGGUGGUCCUCAUGAGAGACAGUUUCAUCAUAGCGCUUGAUGGUUUUUGCGUCUGCACUUGAAGAAACUUUGAAAGUUCUUGAAAUGUUCCGGAUUGACUGACCUUCAUGUCUUAAAGUAAUGAUGGACUGUUUCUCUGUGCUUAUUUGAGCUGUUCUUGCCAUAAUAUGAACUUGGUCUUUUACCAAAUAGGGCUAUCUUCUGUAUACCACCCCUACCUUGUCACAACACAACUGAUUGGCUCAAACGGAUUAAGAAGGAAAUAAAUUCCACACCUGUUAAUUGAAAUGCAUUCCAGGUGACUUCCUCAUGAUAAUGGUUGAGAGAGUGCCAGGAGUGUGCAAAGCUGUGCCUACUUUGAAGAAACUCAAAUAUAAAAUAUAUUUUGAUUUGUUUAACACUUUUUUGGUUACUACAUGAUUCCAUAUGUGUUAUUUCAUAGUUUUGAUGUAUUCACUACUAUUAUACAAAGUAGAAAAUAGUAAAAAUUAAGAAAAACCCUUGAAAGAUUAGGUGUGUCCAAACUUUUGACUGGUACUGUAUAUAUUUACCCAAAAAAUAUAUGGGGGAUUGGAAAUGAUGCGGACAAUUACAUUGAUGGAAGCCACAAUCUAUCUGCAAUUUUAAAGCUGAUCUACCCCCUGACAAAAAAAUGAAAUUUUAUUCUCCGACUCAGUUGAUUCCAUCCUUACCCAACUCUUCUCCCUCACUCCUUCAGCUGUCAUGUCUUCAGUGAGGAAUUUCAUGCAUCACGACUCCCUUGUCUCACAUACCUCCCUCCUAACCUUUUCCCCUUCAACAAAUAAACAGUCUGUCAUAAGAACAUCCCCUUAUUCAUCUAAUGCUGACUAACUUUACAUAUAGUAUUUGCAGCCUUGUGUAGCCAUAUGUGUACAGUACAUUUUCAGUUUGAAUACUUCAUUCAAUUAUUGUUAAUAUGGCAUAUAUCAUUGUGUUUUUAGAUAUAGUACAUUCAUCACCACAUGUUGGCCUUGUGAUAGCCCUGGCAGUUACGAUGACUCCAGCAAAUAAAAGCUUUUUGACAUCUCUCUUUCUACUGUGUGUCCGUCUGUGUGUGCCUGUGUGUGUGUAUAGGUGAGAAGUCGGGAGAGGAGAGCAUCACUCAGAUCCUGAAGAGGGCCCACGACUGCAGGAAGACCGCAGAGAACGCAGCCAAGGAUCUUCUGGGCAGGCUGGACGGUAGCUGUGGAGCGGCAUUCGCUGUGACUGGCUGCAGCGUUCAACCAUGGGAGAGCCUGUCCUCCAAUAGUCACACUAGGUGUGUGUAUAUCAGUGGUGGUCGGUGCCGUUUAAGAUGAGGGAGGAUUUAUUUUUAUUUUUAUAAGCAUGGCCUUAUUUCUGUUACAGCAUAUUGGAUGACUGUCAUUCAUAUUUCAUUCACCCAGCUCAAUGUAACAUCGAUAGGUUUAGGCUACUACAUAAUACUCCUGUGCCCCCCCCCCCCGACCCCUCGUGCCCCCCACAGUUUGGGAACCGCUAUAGCUUAUGCUUUCAGUACUAGAUUCAUUCUCUAAUCCUUUGAUUGGGUGGACAACAUGUCAGUUCAUGCUGCAAGAGCUCUGAUAGGUUGGAGGAUGUCCUCCGGAAGUUGUCGUAAUUACUGUGUAAGUCUAUGGAAGGGGUGAGAACCAUGAACCUGUCCUCUGGCUACAUCACGGUGGUACCCUACAGAGCGCUGUUGAGGCUACUGUAGACCUUCAUUGCAAAACAGUGUGUUCUAAUCAAUUAUUUGGUGACGUGAAUAUAUUUAGUAUAGUUUUAUCUAAAAAGGUUAACUUUUUUAAUGCUUCACUAUUUUUAUGAAAUUCACUGAGGAGGAUGGUCCUCCCCUUCUUCCUCUGAUGAGCCUCCACUGGUGUAUAUACAGUGGGGAGAACAAGUAUUUGAUACACUGCCGAUUUUGCAGGUUUUCCUACUUACAAAUCAUGUAGAUUUAGAUGUAUGAUUUUUAAGUAAUUAAUUUGCAUUUUAUUGCAUGACAUAAGUAUUUGAUACAUCAGAAAAGCAGAACUUAAUAUUUGGUACAGAAACCUUUGUUUGCAAUUACAGAGAUCAUACAUUUCCUGUAGGUCUUGACCAGGUUUGCACACACUGCAGCAGGGAUUUUGGCCCACUCCUCCAUACAGACCUUCUCCAGAUCCUUCAGGUUUCGGGGCUGUCGCUGGGCAAUACAGACUUUCAGCUCCCUCCAAAGAUUUUCUAUUGGGUUCAGGUCUGGAGACUGGCUAGACUACUCCAGGACCUUGAGAUGCUUCUUACGGAGCCACUCCUUAGUUGCCCUGGCUGUGUGUUUCGGGUCGUUGUCAUGCUUGAAGACCCAGCCACGACCCAUCUUCAAUGCUCUUACUGAGGGAAGGAGGUUGUUGGCCAAGAUCUCGCGAUACAUGGCCCCAUCCAUCCUCCCCUCAAUACGGUGCAGUCGUCCUGUCCCCUUUGCAGAAAAGCAUCCCCAAAGAAUGAUGUUUCCACCUCCAUGCUUCACGGUUGGGAUGGUGUUCUUGGGGUUGUACUCAUCCUUCUUCUUCCUCCAAACACGGCGAGUGGAGUUUAGACCAAAAAGCUCUAUUUUUGUCUCAUCAGACCACAUGACCUUCUCCCAUUCCUCCUCUGGAUCAUCCAGAUGGUCAUUGGCAAACUUCAGAUGGGCCUGGAAAUGCGCUGGCUUGGCAGGGGGACCUUGCGUGCGCUGCAGGAUUUUAAUCCAUGACGGCGUAGUGUGUUACUAAAGGAUUUCUUUGAGACUGUGGUCCCAGCUCUCUUCAGGUCAUUGACCAGGUCCUGCUGUGUAGUUCUGGACUGAUCCCUCACCUUCCUCAUGAUCAUUGAUGCCCCACGAGGUGAGAUCUUGCAUGGAGCCCCAGACCGAGGGUGAUUGACCGUCAUCUUGAACUUCUUCCAUUUUCUAAUAAUUGCGCCAACAGUUGUUGCCUUCUGAUCAAGCUGCUUGCCUAUUGUCCUGUAGCCCAUCCCAGCCUUGUGCAGGUCUACAAUUUUAUCCCUGAUGUCCUUACACAGCUCUCUGGUUUUGGCCAUUGUGGAGAGGUUGGAGUCUGUUUUGAUUGAGUGUGUGGACAGGUGUCUUUUAUACAGGUAAUGAGUUCAAACAGGUGCAGUUAAUACAGGUAUUGAGUGGAGAACAGGAGGGCUUCUUAAAGAAAAACUAACAGGUCUGUGAGAGCCGGAAUUCUUACUGGUUGGUAGGUGAUACUUAUGUCAUGCAAUAAAAUGCAAAUUAAUUAUUUAAAAAUCAUACAAUGUGAUUUUCUGGAUUUUUGUUUUAGAUUCCGUCUCUCACAGUUGAAGUGUACCUAUGAUAAAAAUUACAGACCUCUACAUGCUUUGUAAGUAGGAAAACCUGCAAAAUUGGCAGUGUAUCAAAUUCUUGUUCUCCCCACUGUACACUAUAUAUACAAAAGUAUGUGGACACCCCUUCAAAUUAGUGGAUUCGGCUAUUUCUGCCACACCCAUUGCUGACAGGUGGAUAAAAUUGAGCACACAGCCAUGCAAUCGACAUAAACAAACAUUGGCAGUAGAAUGGGCUUACUGAAGAGCUCAGUUAAUUUCAACGUGGCACAUUUCUGCCCUGCUAGAGCUGCCCUGGUCAACUGUAAGUGCUGUUAUUGUGAAGUGGAAACAUCUAGGAGCAACAACGGCUCAGCCGCGAAGUGGUAGGCCACACAAGCUCACAGAACAGGACCGUGCUGAAGCACGUAAAAAUGGUCUGUCCUAGGUUGCAACACUCACUACCAAGUUCCAAACUGCCUCUGGAAGCAACGUCAGAACAAUAACUGUUCGUCGGGAGCUUCAUGAAAUGGGUUUCUAUGGUCGAGCAGCCGCACACAAGCCUAAGAUCACCAUGCACAAUGCCAAGCGUCGACUGGAGUGGUGUAAAGUUUGCCACCAUUGGACUCUGGAACAGUGGAAACGAAUCUGGGUUUGGCGGAUGCCAGAAGAACGCUACCUGCCUGAAUGCAUAGUGCCAACUGUAAAGUUUGGUGGAGGAGGAAUAAUGGUCUGGGGCUGUUUUUAAUGGUUCAGACUAGCCCCUUAGUUCCAGUGAAGGGAAAUCUUAACACUACAGCAUACAAUGACAUUCUAGAUGAUUUUGUCCUUUCAACUUUCUGGCAACAGUUUGGAGAAGACCCUUUCCUGUUUCAGCAUGACAAUGCCCCCGUGCACAAAGCGAGGUCCAUACAGAAAUGGUUUGUCGAGAUCAGUGUGGAAGAACUUGACUGGCCUGCACAGAGCCCUGACCUCAACCCCAUCAAACACCUUUGGGAUGAAUUGGAAUGCUGACUGGGAGCCAGGCCUAAUCGGCCAACAUCAGUGCCCGACCUCACUAAUGCUCUUGUGGCUGAAUGGAAGCAAGUCCCUGCAGCAAUGUUCCAACAUCUAGUGGAAAGCCUUCCCAGAAGAGUGGAAGCUGUUAUAGCAGCAAAGGGGGGACCAACUCCAUAUUAAUGGCCAUGAUUUUUAAAUUAGAUGUUCGUCGAGCAGGUGUCCACAUACUUUUGGUGUGUGUGUGUGGAGUGUCUUCUAACUGUUUGUUCUUGUUUGAGAAUGUCUGCACAUUGGUGAAUAUCCCAUGUCAUGCAAUGUGUUCAAUUCACACGUGUUCCUGUUUCUUUUCUAUUAGGAUCUUUCUAGUUAAUUAUUGAAAUGUCAAUCCAUAUUGAAACAUAAUUAAAGCCAACCCUCUGCUCAAGUGCCCAUGACAGUUCAGGCAAGGAAGCCGCUCCCUAAACAAAGCUUUCAUCUACAGUCACUGCUCUGGGAGAAAAAGACAUGACAUUCAUAUGCGGCUCACAUGUAAGUCAGAGGCAUAACAGACAAUUGGCAAUUAGUGUAGGAGAUGAGAGAGAGUCCACAGUGCUCUGCUGUGGAUGCAAGUACACUCUAGAGCAGUGGUCUCCAACCUUUUCUAGCAUGAGAGCUACUUUCUAAAAGAUUAAACGUCACGAGCUACUCUUACAUUUUUUUUUUUAUAGCUUUCAAAUAGGCACAUAAUUAUCAUCUACCCUGCAGCUCUUCUCCGUGUCCUUGGUAUGAAAGAGAUGUGCUUUCUUUCAUAAUACCUGGUAAAAUAAUGGUUAAUAAAUAACCCUAAGGGACCCCAUACAAUUAUUUUUAUAUUUUCCAGAAUUCUAGAAGUCAUUUAGACAGGUUACCUUGGCGUUCUUGGGCACAGGGACUACGAUGGUCUGCUUGAAACAUGCAGGUAUUACAGACUGGGUCAGGGAGAGGUUGAAAAUGUCAGCCGGUCAGCGCAUGCUCUGAGUACUCGUCCUGGUAAUCCGUCUGGCCGCGCGGCCUUGUAAAUGUUAACCUGCUUAAAGGUCUUACUCACAUCCGGCUACGGAGAGCGAGAUCAGACAGUCGUCCAGAACAUCUGGGGCUCUCAUGCAUGGUUCAGUUUUGCUUGCCUAGAAGCGAGCAUAGAAGGCAUUUACAGUGCAUUCGGAAAGUAUUCAGACCCCUUGACUUUUUCCACAUUUUGAUACGUUACAGUCUUAUUCUAAAUCAAUCUACACACAAUACCCCAUAAUUACAAAGCGAAAACAGAAAUACCAUAUUUACAUAUGUAUUCAGACCCUUUGCUAUGAGACUCGAAAUUGUGCUCAGGUGCAUCCUGUUUCCAUUGAUCAGCCUUGAGAUGUUUCUACAACUUGAUUGGAGUCCACCUGUGGUAAAUUCAAUUGAUUGGACAUGAUUUGGGAAGGCACACACCUGUCUAUAUAAGGUCCCACAGUUGACAGUGCAUGUCAGAGCAAAAACCAAGCCAUGAGGUCGAAGGAAUUGUCCGCAGAGCUCCGAGACAGGAUUGUGUCGAGGCACAGAUCUGGGGAAGGUUACCAAACCAUUUCUGCAGCAUUGAAGGUCCUCAGGAACACAGUGGCCUCCAUCACUCUUAAAUGGAAGAAGUUUGGAACCACCAAGACUCUUCCUAGAGCUGGCCACAUGGCCAAACUGAGUAAUCGGGGGAGAAGGGCCUUGUUCAGGGAGGUGACCAAGAACCCGAUGGUCACUCUGACAGAGCUCCAGAGUUCCUCAGUGGAGAUGGGAGAACCUUCCAGAAGGACAGCCAUCUCUGCAGCACUCCACCAAUCAGGCCUUUAUGGUAGAGUGGCCAGAUGGAAGCCACUCCUCAGUAAAAGGCACAUGACAGCCCGCUUGGCGUUUGCCAAAAGGCACUUAAAGGACUCUCAGACCAUGAGAAACAAGAUUCUCUGGUCUGAUGAAACCAAGAUUGAACUCUUUGGCCUGAAUGCCAAGCGUCAUGUCUGGAGGAAACCUGGCACCAUCCCUACGGUGAAGCAUGAUGGUGGCAGCAUCAUGCUGUGGGGGUGUUUUUCAGCGGCAGGGACUGGGAGAAUAGUCAGGAUCAAGGGAAGAUGAACGGAGCAAAGUACAAAUAAAUCCUUGAUAAUAACCUGCUCCAGAGUGCUCAGGACCUCAGACUGGGGCGAAGGUUCACCUUCCAACAGGACAACGACCCUAAGCACACAGCCAAGACAACGCAGGAGUGGCUUCGGGACACGUCUCUGACUGUCCUUGAGUGGCCCAGCCAGAGACCGGACUUGAACUCGAUCGAACAUCUCUGGAGAGACCUGGAAAUAGCUGUGCAGUGAUGCUCCCCAUCCAACCUGACAGAGGAUCUGCAGAGAAGAAUGGGAGAAACUCCCCAAAUACAGGUGUGCCAAGCUUGUAGCGUCAUACCAAAGAAAACUCAAGGCUGUAAUCGCUGCCAAAGGUGCUUCAACAAAUUACUGAGUAAAGGGUCUGAAUACUUAUGUAAAUGUGAUUUUCUUCAUUAAAAAAAACAACCUGUUUUUGCUUUGUCAUUAUGGGGUAUUGUGUGUAGAUUGAUGAGGGGAAAAAAGCAAUGUAAUCAAUUUUAGAAUAGGGCUAUAACGUAACAAAAUGUGGAAAAAGUCAAGGGGUCUGAAUACUUUCCAAAUACACUGUAGCUCGUCUGGUAGGUUCGCGUCACUGGGCAGUUCGCGGCUGUGUUUCCCUUUUGUAAUCCUUGAUAGUUUGCAAGCCCUGCCACAUCCGACAAGCAUCAGAGUCGGCAUAGUAGGAUUCGAUCUUAGUCCUGUGUUGACUCUUUGCCUGUUUGAUGGCUCGUCAGAGGUAGAAGCGGGAUUUCUUAUAAGCUUGCUGAUUAGUGUCCCUCUCCUUGAAAGCGGCAGCUCUAGCCUUUAGCUCAGUGUGGAUGUUGCCUGUAAUCCAUGGCUUUUGGUUGGGAUAUUAUUUACUUACGGUCACUGUGGGGACGACGUCGUCGAUGCACGUAUUAAAGAAGUGACUGAUGUGGUAAACUCCUCAAUGUAAUCGGAUGAAUCCCGGAACAUAUUCCAGUCUAUACUAGUGAAACAGUCCUGUAGCUUAGUAUCCGCUUCAUCGGGUCACUUCCGUAUUGAGCUGGUACUUCCUGUUUUGAGUUUUUGCUUGUAAGCAGGAAUCAAGAGGAUAGAGUUAUGGUCAGAUUUGCCAAAGGGAGGGCGAGGGAGAGCCUUGUAUGCGUUUCUGUGUGUGGAUUAAAGGGGAAUCUAGAAAUGUGUCGCUUCUAGUUGCACAGGUGACAUGCUGAUAUAAAAUGUAGAUAAAACUGAUUUCAGUUCCCCUGCAUUAAAUUCACCGGCCACGAGAAACGCCUCCUUUGGGUGUGCGUUUCCUUGUUUGCUUAUGGUCCUAUACAGCUUGUUGAGUGCGCUCUUAGUGCCAGCAUCGGUUUCUAGUGGUAAAUAGUCAGCCAUGAAAAAUAUAGAUAAAAACUCUCUUGGUAAGUAGGAUGGUCUGCAGCCAAUGUUCCCUCUAAUUUUUUUCGGCACUAAGGAAAUUUCAGGUUUGCUGAGCGCAAACUUAAACGUUAUGAAAAUUCUGUGCAACUUCCAGCGUGCGUUCACUGUGAACACUGAGGCUGUACCGCAUUAAGUCACAGUUUCAGACAGUGGUCAAGUAGGCUGCUGUGGCUAUUUGAUCAUAAUGUAGGCCUACAAGAGUGGCCUACCAUCAAAAACAAUGGAUUAAAUGCAUCCCAUAACAUUUUAACAUGGAAAUAGAUGUUCUAUCAUGCAAACCUACAAUAGAAGCCAAUGUGUCGUGUUCAAUGUAGGCCUACAUUCCAUGACUUUUGGAGAAAGAAACAUGCAGGGCUUGACAUUAACCUGUUUAUCCAUUUUCAGGUGACUGAAAAUGUUGUGGUGUUUGAUGCAAGAAACCACUUUACAAAAUAUAAUGUGUUAUUAUUCCCAUACCAUUAUUACAGAGAAUCAGACAAAUUAUGCUACCCGAUGCUUAUCGGCUACUUAGCUUAUUCAAGCCUGUCUCAAAAUACAACACUGCCCCUUUAAGACAAAACAAAAAAAGCUCUUUACCAGACUCUUUUCAAAGAUGUCUAGAAAUGUACACGUUUUGUGCUAUUGUAGGAAGCAAUCACUCCCCCAUUGCUGACUACAAUUAUCUAUAACUGGGCUAAUUACUCAUUAACUAGCAAAGGAUAUGAACAAAUGUGCACAUGUGGCUACAUGCAGCUCUCACUUUGAUCUCAAAACAAGCGCAUCUUGGUUAUGCCGCACCGGUCUGUGUAGAGUACGGCUGAGUUGUGCAUGUCAAUGCAAUAGAUUCCUACUCCUUCAACAAAAUCUCUUGCAUAGUUUGUUUUGUUUCGUUAUGUUGCAUUGACUAAUAUGUGGCUAAUAUUGCAUUGAUUCGAUCACAGUUCCCACAGUAAAGGGAAACGUUGAAAGUGUUAACUAAGAGGGAAAACUCUAGAAAGUUAAAUGAAGUUCAAUCUCGUGCUUCUCUGCGCGGGCUGAUAUUUAUUCUGCGCGGCAGUCCAGGGGAGCUUAGAGGGAACAUUGCCUGUUGCUUAUCAUGAGGUAUUCUAACUUCAUCUUCAAAUCAAAUCAUCUUCGUCUCCCAAGGACACUGUGUAUAGCAAAGAGUAAAAACAAGUCUCUGGUCUCUGGGACGAUUUCUACACAGUAUUUGGUGACUUCCUUUCUUCCUGUGUCAGACUCGCAAGGUACAGAUCUAGGAAGAGUUUAGCCUCUGGUCGUGAUCUUAACUGUUAAGGGGGAAAUGAAGACCACUUUCUAGAUGCUAGCUAUCAUCCAACAGAGCAUCAUUUUACGAGGUCUCUCAUCUCCAUCUUUGUGUGUGUGUGUACUCAGCACCACCAGUUCCACCACCAGCUCGUGCGACACAGACUUCUCCAAGGAGGACGAGCAGCGGCUGAAGGACUACGUGCAGCAGCUGAAGAAUGACCGUGCGGCGGUUAAGCUGACCAUGCUGGAGCUAGAGAGCGUUCACGUCGACCCCCUCAGCCUUGAGGUCAAGCCCCGGGGAGACACGCACCGUCUGGACCUGGAGAACGCCGUGCUGAUGCAGGAGCUCAUGGCCAUGAAGGUGAGAGGGAGGGAGGGAGGGAGGGAGAGAGCGAGAGUGCGGGGAGAGUGGGAGCAUACACACAGACUUGUAUGAACACACAUUUUAGAACUAAUUUCAUGCAAUUCUACUCAUUUUGCCAGGGGGCGGAGAGACAUUUUUUAGUUUUUAAUAUGAUAUCUAAGUGAGAGUGACUAACAAAACCAAUGGGGGGGCCCCCCCCCCGGUUGUUAAUUCAACCACGAUUACUACAAGUUUAGAUAGCUGGCCGCUAGACAAACUUUCCAAUCUAAAAAAUGUUAUCAGGCAUGGGCUAAUUGAGUCACUGUCAGUAACCAGGUUUCCAUCAAACCUUUUUAUGCGAGUAAAGUACAUGUCGGAUAAAUAAUGUCACAACAGGCCUGAUGGAAACUGCACGUGUAUGUAAACUUUCCAAAUGUCGACAAAACAAAAUACGGUAGACAAGGUGGGAUCUUUUUUGUGUCUGUAAAAUGAAUUAUGUGAGAAAUAUUGAUAUAAUAACCAUCAUAUGGAAGUAAACUUGGAGUCACAUGAUGGUAUGUUGUGUGGUCCUCCCACUACGGGCAGUUUAUUAGGCUACAGAUGAAAUGAGGUAUGAUGAACUUCACAGGGUGGUGAAAGUGCACGGUGAUGAGCUUGAAGGUGUUCCUAAUGUUUGGUAUACUCAGUGUGUAUCAUUCUUUCCUCCCUCCCUUUUCCCCUUUCCUCCAUGUGGUUACAACACCCCUUGAUUAGAAUAACUUGUAGCUUGUUUAUAUUCACUUGUUAACCCUUUAUUUGUAUCCCCCCCCCCCAGGAGGAGAUGGCGGAGCUGAAGGCCCAGCUCUACCUGCUGGAGAAGGAGAAGAAGGCAGUGGAGCUGCGGCUGAGCACGCGGGAGGCCCAAGAGCAGGCCUACCUGGUGCACAUUGAGCACCUGAAGGCCGAGGUGGAGGAGCAGCAGGAGCAGCGCAGGAGAUCCCUCAGCUCCACUGGGAGUGGUAGUAGAGAUAAGAGCCAAGCCGCCAAGGUGAGUGGACAACACACGCAUGCACACACACUUGCCCCAAACAACCACCCAACAUUGGCCUCUAAGAUUUAUACUGGCUGCAUGGCAGGGGCAAGUGCCAGGGUGAGGGUGCACCCAUAUUUACGCCCUAAAUUCUCGACACGAAAAGAGACCUCGUCCACCUAUGGAAACACAAGCCACAGCCCCUAACAGGUCUACCACAGAGCAGGGUUCAGGCUUGGAUUGAGAUUGAGACUUGUUGACGGUGUGUCUCUCUCCUGUACGCAGUAGCAUUCACUCUGAACCAGUCAGUCACAUGAAUCAUUGAAGAGGUUGGAGGCUGAGUCACAGCUCUGUCCACUCACUGCUCUCUCUCCUCUCUUUGGAGUGUCUCUCUCUCUCCAUCGUUCUCUCUCUCGCUCUCUCUCUAUCUCUCUCUCUCGAUCUCCUCUCGUUGGAGUGUAUCUCUCCCCCAUUUCCCUCUCUCUCCCCCCUCUGUCUUGUUGGCCCCAUUCUUCCUCCUCUCCAUCUCCCUCAUACCUUGUCUGUCUGUAUAUAUUUGGCUCCUGGGAUGAGUGGUGCUUUUCUGAGUCCCCAUACACAACAGUCCUAAAGCUGAGAGGGCCUGUCACUCUGAAGGGUUGGCAGUUGCACACUAGUACUCCCCUUAGUGAAAGUCUCCUGUGUGAGAAAGAAAGUCUCUACUCUACUACUAAAAUAAUUGGAGACUUUCUCAGUCUGUUGGGGUUUUCCUCUGGGGAGCUGUCUGUCUGUACUCUGAGCUGUGGCCCUAGAGGAGGGGCCACUGUGUGUCUGUGA